ACAAACCGGCGCGUUUUGCGAUCCCGGAACGCCUCACGGACAGUGUGUGUGCGAUUAUUCUUGAUGACAGAUGUGCGAGCCAAACAAUAGUCGUUGCAAAAGCAAUCAGAUUAUGACAAUAUGAGUGCGAACGACGGCGAUCCGGGCGGCGGGUCGAAGAGACCGCCCGACGAUCCGUUGACCCCCAAAACGAAGAAGUUGAGGGAGAGGGUCAGAUUUUUCGAGAAGGUGUGGACCGGUUCGUCCGGCGACGAGGUCGACGACGGCCGGACGUCGCAGGAGUACGACGUCGACGAGAUCGAGCGGCGCCUGGCCGAGGAGCGGCACCGGCACCUGGAGAGUCCGCAGUUGGAGCAGGUGACGUUGAGGAGGACGCCGGCGGGCUCGCCGAAACAUGUGGUGGAACACCACCAGCAGAUCCGGCCUGACGGCAGUUUCCAGGAGACCAUCACCACCACCACACAAGAGGGUGACUUGGCGACCGGCGUCAAAUCGGUUAAAAUCGAGAGGGUAUUCCUCACGAAAACCGUACGCCAAGUCACGUCCAGCUCCAGCACGACCUCCAUAAAAAAAUUCUCGUCGAGCCGCACUCCAUCCGAGGAGCGGCUCCUCGACUCGGCCUACAUGACACAGUCCGCCUCCACGGGAAACAUGGCGUCCACCUCCAGCCUCACAUCCCUGUCGGCCAGAUCGUCCGACGAAAGUCUGAGGAAGUACGAGGGCAGAAGAACGCCCAGCAGGGACGAGCACGCGUCGAGGAGGACGCCCAGCAGGGAAAGGGACGAGUGGGACGACCACAGCAACAGCAGUAAAGUGACUAGUUCUAGUUCGGAAUGGUACACCGAAUACAGAACUCAAAGUUUCCAACCCACCUCCAUCAAUUCCAACAAGAUCCAGUACGUCAGGAGUAAAUCGCAGUACGAGCAGCAUAUCGAUUCGAUCAGAGACGAACAAGAGAGAGUGCAAAAGAAGACAUUCGUCAACUGGAUCAAUUCAUACUUAUCUAAGCGAGUUCCACCGCUUAGAGUAGAUGAUUUGAUUGAAGACUUGAAGGAUGGUACCAAACUAAUUGCACUUCUUGAAGUGUUGUCUGGAGAAAGACUGCCUGUGGAGAGAGGUAGAGUUUUGAGAAGACCACACUUUUUGAGCAAUGCCAACACGGCUCUACAGUUUCUGCAAAGUAAAAGGAUUAAACUAGUCAACAUCAACUCGAGUGACUUGGUGGAUGGGAGACCACCAGUUGUCUUGGGUCUUAUUUGGACUAUCAUUUUAUAUUUCCAGAUCGAAGAAAAUAGCCGUGCCUUGGAAUACUUGGCGCAAUGGGGUUCCACCAGCAGCUUAGAAAGCGCUGGAACCACAUCAUCCAAAGACAAAUGGAAACAAGGUGCCCGCAAAACAUUGCUCAACUGGGUGUCCAACGCUCUGCCCAGAGAUUCCGGAUUGGAAAUCAAAGAUUUCGGUGCCAGUUGGAGAGAUGGCAUCGCAUUUUUGGCCAUCAUUGACGCCAUUAAGAAGAAUUUAGUCGACAUUGCCGAAUUAAAGAAAGAAUCAAAUAAAACUAGAUUAGAGACAGCCUUCGACGUCGCAGAGAACGAACUAGGUAUUACCAGACUGCUCGAUCCUGAAGACGUUGACGUACCCAAACCAGACGAAAGAUGUAUUAUGACUUACGUAGCACAGUUCCUACAAAAAUACCCAGAACCCAAAUCCACAGGACCAGACGCGAUAGCAACUAUUCAAGAAGAAUACAGUGAAUUACUGUCGUGGUUGUUGAAGAAGACACAAUAUUUGGACCACUUGCAACAAACCAAUUCCCUACCCUUAGACUUUAACGAAUAUUUAGCCUUCAAAUCAGAAGUUGACGACAAGGAAAAGAUGUAUAAAAAAUUGAAGGGACUCAUAGAGUCCCAAAGUGUGAUUUCAAUUGCCAAGGAGUCGUGGUACGACGUCUCGAAACUUUGGAACAAAUUAGACCUCCAACUACAUUAUUGGUUGUGGCUUUUGGACUCCCUCCUUCCUGGAGAGUUCAAAUACGUGGGUGAAUGGCUGGCGAAGGCCGAGAGAUUGAUUUAUUUCGAUGAAAUCCCCACGGUUAUGAACGAAGAGACCGCCGCCAUCAUCAGCCGCAAGUUGGAGGAACACAAGGCGUUCUUCGCCGACCUGCCAGCUGUGCAGCAACGUUUUGCCCUAGCCCGUAACUCACCCCUAGCCAGAGAAGUGCCUUCCGAACAGUUGAACAAUAUGGCUGUUAGACUGAAUGAAAUUGGACCUAAAGCUACCCAGAGAAGAGUGAGACUGAAGUUCCUUGAACAUAAGUGUUGCCUUAUUGCAUUUUUGCAACUUACUGAAAUUAAACUGAAAGCAUGGAAUGCCAAAUAUGGACGUGUAGAUAAAGUUCUACAACUACUAGACCAGUACAGAAAUUUCGUAUCAAAGAAUCACAUUUUCCAAGAAUUCAAUAAAGCCUACCAAGAUAUGAUAGCUGUUAUAGAAGAAUACAAACGAGACGGAAACAUAAGUAAAAAAGAACUUCAACAAAUCGACCACUUCAUGCAAGACACGGCGGACAAAUGGAAACGUGUAUCUAUGGAACUACGUUGCGUACAAAGCAUCCUGGAAGAAGUAGUUGCUCAUUGGAACAGAUGGGAUUCGUUAGCACCACAUUUCGAUGCUUGGCUGUCCAAGGCCGAACAGGCAAUGUUACUUCCAGAAGAGGAAAGGAUGGAAUUCUUCCAAGAUAUUUCCGUUUGGAAGAAAACAUACGAAGAAUUGGGAGAGACUGUUGCUUUCCUCAUUGCAACCAUAGAAGAAAAUCUCGCACUCGAACUAAGGGAUCGUUAUCAAAAUAUGACUGAAAGAUGGGAGAGGAUUUACCCACAGGUCAAUAAGUAUAGUCAUGCUGGCGACAUUCUUAGAAAUCGUAAGGACUUCCGUGCUGGCUUGGAAGAACUUUCAAACUGGUUGAGAAAGGCCGAAAACGUAUUGAGUUCGCCCAGUUUAGGUUCUAUGGAGCGAAUCCGGGAGCACACCAACAAUCUCAUGAAGUUACAAAGUGAGAUAGAAGAGAUGGAGAACUUGUUCAAGAACAUUUCUAAAACUUUCCAAAACAUUAUUCAAGACUUAUCGAGAGAAGACGUUGAAAAAAUGAUGAGUAUCUUAAAACAAGAGAAGGAAGCCUUAGUAAAAGUAAGAGCUUUAAUUCCUGCCCAGAUACAUUUAUUCAACCAAUUAUUGAUUCAACAAGAAUCUUUGGAAGCCGGUCAGAAAGAAAUCAACCAGUGGCUCGAUAAUGCAGAGAGUUUAUUAAGUAGUCUUACCCUCGAAGGUGACAAGGAACAACUCAAAGAGCAAGUUGAUAUGGUUAAGAAAUUCUUCACACGUACUCUCUAUUAUAGAUCUAUGCUGGACAGCAAAAACAAAGUUAUGAACAAUAUCAUUAAAUCUGUCGAUCAAGCUAAGAAUCCCGACGUUGAAGCAAUGACAGCAAAAAUGGAACAACUCAACGAUAAGUUUGCGUAUGUCACCCAAAACGCACAACUAUGGGAACAACGCCUGCAAGAAGCUAUUCGCUGCUGGUACAACUUCUCCGAAUCCCAACGUGUCAUUUCCAACUGGCUUAGUCACGCCGAAAAAUUAAUUUCUGAAAAGAGGAUCGACAGCAAGGAGGUCGUAGAAGAACACAAAAUUUUCUUCCAAUCCGUUAACGAAAGAUGGAUGCAUGACUUAGUUCAAAGUUCACAAGACCUGUGCAACAGUCUUCCUAAGGACCAACAUGGCCCGAUUCUGUCAUCAGUUAAUCAAUUGCAACAGAAAUGGAAAGAAGUUAUGUCGUUCGCGCCGUUGCAUCUUAUGCGAUUAGAGUUUAGAUUAGACGAAACGACUUUCCACUAUUACAUCAAGGAAAUAGAGAAAGAAAUCAAUAACGAACAUCUCGCAUUUAGUAGACAAGAAAAUGUAGACUCCAUUAUUCAUAGAAACAAGGAAUUCUUCUCAUCUAGAGGACCCUUAGGCGAAACCUAUCGUUGCUUGGAGAAUUUGAGGAGAAUCACAGAGGUGUAUUCUCAAAAGUACCCAGAAGAUAAGAAUCUUGCUGAGGCAUUCCACAGAGCUGAACAACAGUGGAAUAAUGUCAACGUCAAAGUGGAGAAUCUUAGACAAGAAUUGGAUCAAAUUCCUGAAAAGUGGGAGCAAUACCACCAGAAAUUCAACAGCAUAGCCAAGUGGAUGGAUCAAGUGGAUGAUAAUUUGAAAAACAUUCUUAACGAUGUGACCAGUGAUGAGGAGUUCGAAAGACAAAAGGCCAUAUUCCAGAGCAUCUGUAAAGACGCUGAGUCUAAACGAGAAGAUAUGAAAUGGUUAGUUCAAACUCACGAUGCUUUAUCGUCACACUGUCCAGAGGAACAAGCCAUCAAAGAACAGAAGAAUCUGGAAGCUCUAAUUUUGCGCUACAAAAACUUAAUACCCUCUAUUGAAAUAACUAUGGUGAAAACAGACACCUUUUCUAAAUGCUAUUCUUAUCGUCGUGAAGUACGAGAAGUGUGCGAGUGGUUGAAGACUGUAAGAGAACAGUCCAAACAGAAACCACAACCACAAAGUUUGCAAGUUGUUAACCAGUUAAUAAAGCAUCAAGAAGUAUCUAUUUCGCAAUUAGACGAGAGAAGACCAGUCAUCAUGUCCUUGCUACAAAAAGGCAAAGAACUAUCAAGAGAUGCAAAUGCUCCUAGUUUCAUUCCUCAAGAAGUGAAAACUCUAGAAACUGGCUGGACAGAAACUUAUGACGAAUCAGUGCAAAAACUUCACACAUUAUUAACCACUCAACACCUUUGGGAGAGAUACGAAGACCAAAAACAAGAAAUUGUCAAUCUUCUAGAACGAGGUGAACAAAAUCUGCAACGUAUCCCACCUACACAAUACAAUCCACAAAUGCUCCCUAAUGAACUCGUCAAUACUCAACAGUUGUGUAUUCAAUUGCGUGAAGACACAGACGAUUUACUUAAAAAACUCAGAGAAACUUCUGACAAUUUAGGUAAACAAACAGGACCCGAACAAUAUCAGCAGUUCAAUAGAGAAGUUCAUGAUAUUGAACAACGACUCAACACUACAUUGACUAACGUACAAGAACAUGUCGUAUUCUUACAAGAGCACAACACCAAGUGGACCACUUUCCAAACUAAACUUACUCAACUUCAAAAUUGGACAACACAAACAGCACCACAUCUACUAUCUUCUGUACAAGAAGAUACAGUAACACCAGAGGACAGAUUGACCAAGACGAAUAUUCUACAAUCUGAAGUAGUUCAUAAAGUUAAUCUCCUAGACGAGCUAGGAAAGGAAGCCCAACAAUUGGCUAUUGAAGAUAACCCUGAAGCACAAAAAUUAAAGGCGGAUCUGGUUGCUUUACAAGAUAGAGUUGUAGCUAUCAAUAAAUCAGUCGAGAGUCAAGCAGUAACAGUAAACAGAGAUCUUAAAAACUGGCAGGCAUACCAAUCCAGUAUUCAGGAAAUUAAGCCAUGGGUUGAACAAGCAGAAAUUAAAGUUCAAACUGGAGUGCCAAAACCAGGUUCCCUGGAAGAAGCUAUUCUUCUUCAAAGUCAAGCUAAAGAUUUUGCUAAAGAGUGUGAAAUCCAACAACAAAAAUUGCAAGGCGUUCAGAGCUUAACUCAGAAAAUGGAAAUUAAGACAAAUGCCCCUGACGAAGUGGACUCGAUGCAGACCAGGUGGACUAUUGUUCAUGAUACCGCCGCACAAUGGGGACAAAAAUUAGACAAGUUAGUCACAAAUUGGGUAGAAUUUGACAAAAACGCCCAACAUUUGGAACACUGGAUUGAUAAAAGUGAAAAACUACUUGCUGAAAAGUCAGUAAACCUUAACACACCCAACGUCGACAAACUAGAAAAGGAAUUAGCCAAAUUGAAAGCAUUCAACAAUGAAAUAUCUGAACAACAAGCUAAACUCAUUGCUUUAACCCAAACAUCAGACAGCAUUAGUUACAAUGUGAACCCUGAGGGGGCCGCUUUCGUCAAAAACCAAGUGCAAGAACUCAAAACUAAAGUAACACAACUUGCUGAAGGAGUCAGAGCUAAAAUUAAUGAUGUAUCUGAUGCUAUAUUAGCCAAACAUGAUUUCCAAACUAAAGUGUCCGAAUUCUCCAACUGGUUAGAAAAUAUUCAAUCAAAUGCAGCUCAAAUUGACGAAAUUCCUGCAGACAAAGUUGAAAGUGCUCUUAUCAACGUUCACAAUUUAUUGCAAGAACAUCACGAGAAGCAACCGUUGUUCAACCAGAUAUACAGUGAGGUAAAAGAAAUUACUCUGCAUACUCCACAAAAAGAAAACGAAGGUCUUAACGAGGAGUACACAACCUUAGUACAACAUAACCAAGAAAUAGAGCAUAGACUGCAAGAAAAGAAAUACUCACUUGAAAGGUGGAUAGAACUUUUAAAUUGGCACGGAGAUACCAACAAUCAAUUGAGUCAUAUCAAAAAUAUUCUGGAGAGUGAGAAAAAUGCUCCUGAGAAUUUGCAAAAACUUACCACUGAAAUUAAUACCGUCAUUGAGAAAAUUGUAACCUGGAAGCAGCAGGCUCCUGCAAUUGACAGUAGACCAGAUAUUGUAAUUCUCGAUAAACAAACUGCCUUGCCUAGAAGUGCAGAUAAUAUUGUACGGGAAAUUGAAGUUAAAGCUAUUAACUUAAAAUCUCAAUUGGCUGACAAAUUGGAAGGUCUUCAAAAGGUUCAGUCCCACUGGAACCAAUUUGAGAAUAUACAACAACAAAUCAAUGCUGACUUAAACAAAACUGCUAAUCAACUGCAGUUAAUAAAUGCAGAUGUUAAGCACUCCAGUGACCUACCCAAAGCAGUAGAGCUACUAGGCAAGUUAUUGGAAAGUCAAGUAGACAAAUCACCGGUCAAGGAAGAACUUCGUAAAGAAGCCUUACAGUUAAUGAAGGAAGACAUACAAAAUGUAUCUGUCAUUCAAAACUCUGUUUCCACAAUUGAAAGUAAUUGGAACAAAGUAAAUGAAGAUAUUAAGGAUGAGAAACUUAAAUUAUCAGACAUUAUAUUUGCUUGGAAUGAAUUCCAAGAAGCAAAAGAUCGUGUGGUCAAAGACAUCGGAAAAAUUGAUAAAACAGUGGACAACCUGGAUAUUCCUAAUGAUAUAAUACAAGCUAAUAUUAACUUUGAUAAAGCCAAAAAAGCCUUAGAAGCCCUGAAGAAAACGAAAACUGCUCUUGAUAAAGCCAACAACAAAGGUCAAACAACAAUUAAGAAGGCAGAAGACAUGCCAGGUAUAGAAGAAGAAGUUAAGAGAGAUUUACAAAUAGUACAAGAGGUUUGGUCAAGAGUGUACGAAAAAAUUUUGAGAAUAGUACAAACUACAGAAUCACAAUCCACUAUAUGGAAACACAUCGAAGACACCAAAAAUAAUUUGCUUCAGUGGGUUGGUGAACAAAAUACAGCAUUGAACCAAGCGGCGGAAAAGCCGAAUGAAGUUGAAGUUGCUUCAGUAAAAUUAGCAAAAUACAAAGAAGAAUUACCUGCUCAACAAAGACUCAAGCAAAGUAUUCCAGCCAAAUAUACUCAGUUAUUGAAAUUAACUGAUGGAAAGGAAAUCCCUAACUUGCAGGGACUGGUAAAUCUUUUAGAUGACCAAUUCGUUGAACUAGAUAAUACUGCCCAAAAACUAGAAUCACUCACGUCAACCUUUGGCGAAAAAGACAGAUCCAUCAGAAAUAACAUUAAAGAUCUUAAUAGCCAAAUUUCUGGUUUGAGAGAAGAAAUUAUCAAAUGCGAAGAUUUGUCAGGAGACAACAACAAAAUAUUACAAAGACUACUUAGAGUUAAAGACCUAAAACAAAAACUUCUGGGUUGUGAUGGUAAUAUUAAACAAAUCGAUAGAGAAGUUCAAGUCAUGAGACAAAAUUACCCAACGUUUGGUGACGCCAUACCUAAAGAACAGCAAAUGUUAAAGAAACGUUAUGAAGACAUAAUCCAACACACAAAUAAGAUAGAAAAUUCAUUAUUAAACUUCUUAAAGAAAUUCCACAAUGAGAAAUACGGAGCUCUUCAAAGAAUUAUUGAUACACAUAAAGAUAAAAUACAAUGGUGUCAACCAGAGCCAUCUAGUGACAAGUAUAAUCUACAAGUGAAGCUCAACUCAUUGGAGCCAAUUCAGAAAGCUAUUCAAGAUUGUGACAAACGAAAGGAUGAAUUAGAAAACUCACUUGCCCUUCUUGAACAAAUUGAAUCACCUGAAUCCUUUAAACUACUAACUGCUGAAAAAGAUCACGUUUUGUUGGAUUUGGAUAAUCUGAAACAAAGCUAUGCCAACACUAAAGAGAUAUUGGAACGUAAUAUUGCCAUUCAUGAUAAAUAUGAUAGUCUUUCCGACGCAGUUGCUUCUUGGCUAAAAGAUACAGAAAAUAGAGUUAAGGCAGAGAGCUCCACACAAAUUGAUUUAAAUACUGUGGAUAAUAAGAUUGCUGACGUUAAAAAAUUACAACAAGAAGUUUUGGCUUAUGAAAAAGAAUUGAAACAAUUGGCUCCAAUUAGCGAGGAACUAGUUAAAGAAAUACCGGAAUCCAGAGUGAAUCAAUACGUACAACAUUUCAAUGCAAGAUAUGACGCCAUAACCAAAUUCUUAACUAGUUACUUAGAAAAGUUAGAUGAGCUUAAUAAAUAUAAGCAAUUAUAUAGAAAUAGUAUAAACGAUGUGGAAAAUUGGCUUGUACAAGCUGAAGACAAAGUUAAAACGUUUGCUGAAAUUGCUGCUAAACCAAAUCAAGCAACUUUGGAAGAACUUAAAAAGUUUGCAAGUGAGAAAGAAAAAGGCCAAACUUUAUUGUCAAGGGCUGUAGAGCAUGGAGAAGCUUUGUUUUCAGGUAUUACCCCAGAAAAUAGAGAAGCUAUUAGAACGGAACUCAGAACUUUAAGAGACAAGUCCGAAGGAUUAUUGGACAGAGUGAAUGUUAUAUAUAAGCAAGUGGAAAGCACAUUGAUGCAACGACACUCCUUCGAUGACAGUCUACAACAAGUUCACUUAUGGAUUACUGAUGCAGAAUCAAAACUAGGAGGUGAAAUGAAACUUGAUUCUACUUUACUUGAAAAGAAACAAACCCUACACAACUACAAAACAUUAUCUCAGGACGUAAAUCUGCAUAAGACAAUUCUAAAACAGUUACAAGAUAAAAUUGGAAACUUGUCUGAUGCUGACGCAGAAAACAAAUUACAAAAGAACCUUGACGAUUACAACAAUCUAGCUCAAGAGGUUAACAAACGUAUUGAUCUUGCGGAAGAUUAUGUUACACAACAUGAUGCCUAUAACCAAGCCAUUGAAAAAUGCCAUGAUUGGUUAAGUGCGUUGACAUCUGAAGCGGCACUUUUAGUAGACGAAACGUCAUCAGAAUCACCAGAAGCAAAACUCACGGUAGUUGAGAACUUGUUAGCACAAACUGAUGAAGGAAACAAAAUUAUUGCUUCGUGUAAAGCUCAAUUGGAUGUUGUCUUAGCCCAAACUGCCCCUGCAGGACACCCACCCUUAAUCAACAGUUUCCAAGAUCAAGAAAAAUCCUGGAAGCUUUUCUUAGAGCUAUGCUCAGACGCACAAGAAAAACUUAACGACAUAAACAAUCAAUACGCAGAAGUAGAGAAACUUAGUGAAUCUUUGGAAGCAUGGUUGAAACAAAAGGAAUACCAAGUUAAAGAUCAAAGUUUAAGAAAUACUGAAGAUGCCAAGAGGGCUCAUUUAGAAAAGUUAAAGAACUUAGAAAAAGAAAUUAUUCAGAAAGAACCGGAGUUCAACAACUUUGCAGAAAUUAUUAGAACCAUUGAACCUAGUCAGAGGCUCACUCAAUUUUUGUCAAGAUACCAACACUUGAAAAACAACGCAAAGGAAGCGAUUAACAGAUACGAAGGUUUCGUAAAAGAACAUCAAGACUUUAAUGAGGAAUACGACGAAUUUUUACACUGGUUAUCAGGUAAAGAAGAGGAAUUACAAGAUUUGUGUCACAUUGUUGGAGAUUUAAAUGUUUUACAAAACAGACAAAAAGAAAUAAGGGAGCUUAUCGACGAAAGAAACCAAAGAUCUGGUCAAUUUGACAAUCUUUUGGACAAAGGAGAGAGACUUUACGCACAUACGUCACCAGAUGGACGUGAAAUAGUUCGCCAAAAAUUGAGAAACAUUAGAACAAUUUGGGAUACGUUUGCAGAAGAUUUACAAAGUGCCACAAACAAGUUGGAUCAAUGUUUGUUGCAAUUCUCCGAUUUUACUGCUGCACAGGAACAACUCACAAAGUGGCUGAAGGAUGUGGAAAAAGCAAUGCAUCAACACACAGAGUUAAAAUCCACUUUGCAAGAAAAACGUGCCCAAUUACAAAAUCACAAGAUUAUGCACCAAGAAAUCAUGUCACAUACAGCUCUUGUGGAAUCAGUGUGUGAUAAAGCUCAGCAACUUGUCGAUCAAACUCACGACAAGUCUCUUAAUGUGUAUCUACAAUCAAUAAAGCAUCUUUUUGCCAGUAUUGUUACAAAGUCUGAGGAAUUAUUAAAGAAUUUGGAGAGCUGUGUUGAAACCCAUAAUUCAUACAACCAACAAGUAGCAGCGUUUAAGGACUGGAUUGGCAAACAAAACGAGAAACUACAAGAAUUUGAUGACGUCAGUGGUGAAAAGACAGACAUUACUAAGAGAAUUGCGGCUAUAAACACUUUGAAAAAGAAUAGCGAAAGUGAGGGUAAUGAGUUGCUUGAUGCACUGAAACAGCAACUUAUUGUAGUAGCAAAGAGCACAGCACCAAAAGGUGUUGAAAUCCUUAAGGGAGAAUUCGACGAUUUGAAUGGCCUUCUCAAACAACACAUCGUUGACAUAGAUACAUCACUUGCAAAACAAAACAAUGCACUUAAGAAUUGGCAAGAUUUUGAGGCAGACUUGGACUCUCUCAACCAGUGGUUUAAAUCUGCUGAAGUUAAAUUUAGAGACCAGCCAUUACAGGCAACAGCAUCAGAAAAGGAAACUCAACUUAAGAAAUACCAGAGUGAACGUGAAGAAGUUGCUGCCAAAGAGAAGGACAUUGAUCAAUUUGUCGACAAGAGUCAUUCUCUUGUGAAUAGCAGUGGAGCACAAAGAAUUAAGCCAAUAGUGUCGCAGAUUAGCACUAAAUAUCAAAACUUACACGCUUUGUCAAAGGAUGUAGUAAAUCGUUGGCAGAGUAUUGUCGAUGAUCACAAUAACUACAAACAAAAAUUGGAGGAAACCUCUGAUUGGCUGAAACCACUGGAGGAACACUUGAACAUAAUAAAGAAUGGAGAUUUGGCCGAUAAUGUAGAAGCUACAUCAAACCGCCUUCAAGUACUCUUAACUGAGAGAGACCAAGGUGAACACAAAAUAAACGCCGUAACUCUUCUUGGAGAGAGGAUCUUGCCAGACACUGCUACACAAGGAAGAGAAAUAAUUCGUAAUGAAGUUCGUGAAAUUAGAGAGAGAUGGGACAAAUUAUCAGAUGGAAUCAAGGAACAACAGAAACUGCAAGAUGCUCAAUCGUUGCAGCUCUCGAACUAUCAGGAAAUGCUUCAACAAACACUUGCUUGGUUGGAUUCAAUGGAGAACCAAGUUAAGAUAGACCCGUCCACUUGGGUGUCUGUACAAGAAGUUCGUUCGAAACUUCUCAAACACAAAGCCACAGCUCAAGAAAUAUUAUCCCACAAGAGAAUAAUUGAAGGUAUAACUGAAAAGGCACAAACUUUGGUUCAGUUAACUAAUAACAAAGAUAAAGCUCAAGAAAUAGAAGAAGGUGUAAAAUCCAUAAACGAUCGGUACCAAAACUUAUCCAAAGCAGCUCAAGAAAACAUUAAAAAAUUAGAGGAUUGUUUAGAUAUUUAUCAACAUUUCUAUGAUUUACAAAAGUCACAGCAAGACAAUCAAAAACAACUUUGGGAUAAAUUAAACAGUUUCCAUGACCAUGGAGGCAAUAAACAGAUAUUGCAACAAAGAUUAGAAAGUAUCAACGAAUUGCAGGACCAUCUACCAGAAAGCAACAUUAAACUUAAAGAAUUAGAAAAUCACGUGCAAAACAAAAUUUCACUUUUGCCAGCUCGUGCUCAAGAAGCCAUGAAUAGGGAUGUUGCCAAUCUGAAAUUUGAUCAAGAGAAGUUUGUUACUGCCUUAAUGGACAUUAAGUCUGCUUUGGAGAACAGGAUAAAACAAUGGAACGACUAUGAGAACUCCCUUGAUAAAUUGCUUGCUUGGUUAGCAGAAGCUGAGCUAUCGCUCAAAAACUAUAGUCUGAAGUCUACAGUCGACGAAAAACAACAGCAGUUAGAAAAAUAUCAGGACCUAACUAGAGUGAUAGACUCACGGAGUAGAGAUAUCAAGGAUUUCAUUAAAAUUACCGAUCAUUUGGAACAAGCUCUGAUCUUAAAUCUGCGACAAAAUGAAGCAGAGUUUGAUAAGAUGUCUGACGACUCAACUGAGCUGGUUCAAAGCAGCGGAGAUACCAAAAUUUCUGUUAACGUCCAACAAAUAACUUCCCGAUUCCAAUCUAUACAAGUGACAGCAAAAGAAAUAGUUAAGAAGUGUGAACAAGCAGUCGCAGAUCACAAAUUAUUCAAUGAAAAGUACAGACAGUGUGCCGAUUGGAUAUCUGCUGCUCAAACCAGAUUUGACAGUUGCAAAGACAACAUUAAAAGUGGAGCCAGGAAUGCGUUGGCCGAACAAGUCAAAGUAUUGGAAGAACUCUUGUCUCAACAAACUAGUGCAACAUUACUUCUGAACAACACAAUCGAAUUAGGGGAAAAACUGUACCCCUCCACUGCCCCUGAAGGCAGAGACAUCAUUAAUACUCAACUCCAAGAAUUGCAACAGGCUUUGGAAGCAUUAUUCGAUGAUAUCAGUUCAACAGACAGAGACUUAAAGGCAAAAUUGAUCAAAUGGACAGGAUUUGAUGAAAAGGUCGAGAAGAUUCAACAAUGGUUGAAAGAAGUAGGUCAACAACUUCCCGCAGAAAUUGAAUUGAAAGCAACCUUGGACGAAAAGAAAGCUCAGCUGCAAGUUUAUCGAGGCUUGCAACAUGAUGCAUUGGCUCAUCAACAAGACAUCGUCGAUUUGAAGGACAAAGUUGAUAGUUUACCAGAAAAGAACGAACAAAUCGAUGCCCAACUAGCCACCAUUACCAAGCAACACGAAAAAUUACUGAAGAGGGCUCAGAACUUCGUUGAGAGAUACGAAAACAUCGUUAGUGAUCACCAACAAUACAGUAAAGCUGUCUUAGAUGCAAAUGAAUGGAUGGAUGCUACACACAAUACAGUGACACUUCUAGGAGACUUGGAUCUAGAGAGGAUCUCCCUCCUUUCCAACUUAGAAAGGUUAAAGCAUUUACAAGCGUCUUUACCCGAUGAAGAAUCCCGAAUUUUGAGUAUCAAAUCUCUGGGAGAUAAAGUUAUUCCUGGAACAAUCGAUUAUGGACAGGCCAACAUCAGAUCGCAAAUUGAAAGUUCCCAACAAGAAUGGGCUGGACUUAAAUCCGCAGUUGAAAACACCAUUCAACAAAUUGAAAAUAAAUUGGAAAAUUGGAAUGAAUACGAAAAUUUGAAAGACCAAUGUUUGGCUUGGAUUAGAGACACAGACACAAAAUUGCAUUCUGUCGAUUUGAAGCCCACCGUAAGCGAAAAGAAAUCUCAACUAGAUGCAUUGAAAGCUCUUCAAGGUGAAAUUAGAGCAAAAGAACUUGAAAUUGACGCUGUUACAGAAAAAUCUCAACAGCUCAACAAAGGUGUGUCUGCAAGACCUUCUCAAAUAUCUGAACUCGGUGUCAAGUACCAACAAAUUUGUCACAAAGUUAAAGAUUUAACAACACGUUGGCAACAAUACGUAGCCAACCAUCAAGAUUUUGAUACACAAGUCAAAGAAUGUGACCAAUGGUUGGACGACAUUAAAGAAAAGUUAGAAAACUGUGCAGAUGUGUCGUCAGCAUCACAAAAAGAAUUAGAAUCUAAACUAGAAACGAUUCAAGAUUUAUUAUUGAACAAGGAAGAAGGCUUCACUAAAUUACAAGGUCUUGUGGAACUUGCCCAAACAGUUUUGGCUAAUACAGCACCAGAAGGUCACGAAGCAAUAAACCAAACAUUGUCUGGUUUACAAGAGAAAUGGUCCAACCUGGCAUCAAAAAUGGUAGAAACCAAAGCUAUAUUAGAUGAUGCCUUAACAAAAUGGGCCGGCUUACUGGAAGAAAUUCAAGCCUUAGAUAAAACCAUCGAAUCAUUGGAAAACCAAUACGCAGAGUUGUCUGUAUUCCAAGGCACAGUACCAGAAAAGAAGAGCCAAUUAGAUAGAAUUAAAAACUUGGAAGAAAAGGUCCGAGUUGAAAAAAUUGAAGUAGACAAUAUGAAGGCUCAAGCUGCUGAAGUUCUUGAAAGUAAGAGAGGUGGUCAAGCCGCUAUUGAUGCCCAGAAAAUGUUGGAUAGAUUUGACAACAUUGCAAAGAAAAUUUCGGCGUUAUUAUAUGAAAGAGAAGCUCAGUAUAGAGACCACAAAGUUUAUAGAGAAGCUUACGAGGAAGUGCAAAGGUGGAUGACUAGAGCACAAGAAAAAGUACCUCAACUCAAACAGAGACCUUUAAGUGACAAAUUGACCGUUGAAACAUUUGCUGGUCCUUUGGAUCAUUUACUGAACAAACAAGCCCAAGGUGAAGUACUUCUAGAAAAUUUGGAACAUACUGCUCAAGUUGUCUUGCCUUGCACAAGUCCCGAGGGCCAAGAUAUUAUUAACAACGACAUUCGUGCUCUAAGAGAAAGUUUUGACAGAUUAUUCAAGGACUUGAAACAACAACGUGAACAACUCGAUGUUGUACUGUUACAUUGGCGCGAUUACAAGGAUGAAUAUGAAAGAGUAUCCGAUUGGCUUCAACAGAUUGCCAUUUUAAUUAAAAACCAUAAAAUUGCCCUGUCACCAACAUUGGAAGAAAAAGCUAAACAGGUUAAAGAUGUUAAAGAUAUUCUGAAGAGACUGGUAGAUGGUAAAGAUCAAAUUGAUAAAUUGAACGAUUCAGCCAAAAUUCUACUCAAAUCUCCUUUAGAAACACAUGUCAAUAACCAAUUGCAACAAUUGAAUUCUAGAUAUCAAGUUGAAUUAAACUUAGCCAAAGAUGUCCUUAAAAAAGUUGAAACUAAUCACGAACAACAUGUCGAAUAUGCAAAGAAUCUUGAAAACACCAGAGCCUGGAUCGAUGACGCCCGGGAACUCAUUAGAAAUUGCUCUGAAGCUGUUAACAAUAAGAGCAAAGACAUUUUGCAAUCCCAUCUUGACAAAAUUCAAAAUCUCAUCCAUAAACGCGAGGAAGGUCAAAAUUUGGUGCAUGCCACUGUGAAUUGUGGUGAAAAAGUAAUCAGAAAUACACGUUCUGACGGCAAAGAAGCUAUUACUAACGAACUGAAGGAAAUUCAAACUGCAUGGGAUAGAAUAGUUGAAAAGAUGUCGAAAGUAAAGGUUCAUUUGGAAACGGCAUUACUGCAAUGGGCUGAUUAUGACAGUUCCUACACUCAAUUGCAACAAUGGAUCACAGAUCGUGAAGCCAAACUUCAACAAGUUACUGAACCUAAAAUUGUUAAGACCAAGAAAGCUGGACUCAGCUCUUUGCCAAUUGGUGAAAGAAAAGCAACACUUAGAGAGACUGGAAGUAUUGUCCAAGACAUUGUCUCCUUUGAACCUAUGAUUCAAUCCGUAACAACCAAGGCGGAAGAUCUAAAACAAGCUGCUCCAGCAUCUGAAAUCUCGACAAAAUACGAAACACUAACCAAACAAGCUCAAGAAUUAUACGCCAAACAAAAGGACACUGUUGAAAAGCAUGAAGCCUUUGUGGAUGCUGCAAAUGACUUUGUUCAAUGGCUUAGAGUAGCCAAGGAACGACUUGGAAAGUGUUCUGAACCUACAGGUGACAAAGAAAGUCUUGGUAGCAAACUUUCACAACUCACAGUUUUACAUAAUGAAAUAUCUGAUGGACAAAAGAAAUUGGAGAGUGCACUUGAUCAAGGUGACAAAGCAGUCCAAGUUGCCGAUGACAUGGAUAAAGAAAUAAUUGAAGAAGAAUGUGCCCUCCUUCAAGAAGACUUUGAUACUUAUGUUGAAUCACUGAACAAGACCAAGAAUUUACUUGAAAUAGGUAUCGUUAAGUGGACUGAAUAUGAAGAACAAUACCAAGAUGCUUUGCAGUGGCUUUCCCAAACUGAGAAACUCGUUCAGUCAUACAACAAGUUACAAGACACUUUAGAACAGAAACGUGCCGUUUUAGAACAAUUCCAACUUCACCUAGAACAGUUAUUCGAUUGGCAAUCGGAAUUGGAUAGAUUAAACAUGAAAGCCCAAGUAUUACUUGAAACUUGUGCUGAUACUAGAGUGAGCAAUGCUAUCACUCAGUUGGCCACUAAAUAUAACACCAUUCUGUCACUUUCAAAAGAAGUUAUGAGGAGGCUUGAAUUACAUUAUCAAGAACACCAACAACAUAGUACGUUGUACCAAGAAUGCCAAGACUGGAUCGACAGAACCAGAGAUAAAUUAAAUGGAUGUUCUGAUAUUCCCAAUACUCUCUCCGAAGUGAAUAACAAACUUCAAACAGUUAAGAACAUCAGAACUUCUCUUGAACAAGGACAAAAUAAACUUCGAUAUAUUCAUGAAUUGAAAGAAAGGGUUAUAAUGAACACUGAACAAUCUGGUAGUGCCAAAAUCCAAGAAGACACCGAAAACCUUAAACAAGACAUGGAAAAACUUCUUAACGAUGUCAACGAAAUACGUAAUAAACUGCAAAACAGAGCAUCACAGUUAGAAGAGGUAGAUAAGAUUUACAAACAACUUCUUGACUGGCUUCAGGACCAAGAAACUCAUAUACAAUUUGAGGAAGGUUAUUUGAAUGAACUUAGCGAAAAGAAAGCCAAAUUGGAGAAACUCAAAGCGGUUCAGAAAGAAAUUGGCAGCCACAAUGACCUUAUCGAAAAAUUGAAGUCCAAACUUGCCGAAGAUCAGAGUCUGAACUUGAAGGAAUACGAUGCAGCGUUUAAACGAUACGACUCCCUGACACAGAAGGUGUCUAAUUCCGUUGCUGAUUUGGAAGUUCAAGUUGCCGAACACGAACAAUAUAAAAACUCUUACAACAAGGCAUCUGAUUGGAUUAAGACUUCGCAAUUGGAAAUUCAAAAUUGCUCGAAUCUACACGAUGAAUUGGACAACAUUAUUGAUAAGGAGGCCAAAAUUUCGCAGAUUACACAGUCACUACCAGAAUGCGACGACUUGGUACACAAAACUAUUGAACUAAGUAUACAAGUAAUGAAGACUACUGGGGAAGAAGGCAAAGAUAUUAUCAGGCAAGACAUUGAACAACUUAACGUCGAUUGGGAAGGUCUACAAUUCAUUUGCAAUGAGACCCAGAAGAAUUUGACUAAGUGCAAGGAAGCCUGGAAGGACUUCAACAGUAAAUACGACAACAUGAAGAAAUGGAUCGAUAAAUACCAACAAACUAUUGAUGAUGAACUGAAACUUGAAAACAAGAAACCUGAGGAUCUUGAAAAAUGUAAAAAGAUUCUUAACGAAAUUAAUGAACACAAACCCCAAAUGGAAGAAUUAACCGACGCCUGUGAAUCACUUCUGGAACUGAGCGCAGUUGGAUGGGUAAGAGAUAAAACAGUUCAACUGCAAACCGCAUACACCAAUUUACUUACCAACGCCCAAGGGUUAGUGUCUAAGGUAGAAAAGAAUCUCUCAGAUCAUACCGAGUUCUUGAAGGCCAAGGCUGAUUUAGAAAAAUGGUUGAGUAACAUCAGUGAAGCUGUGCAAAAUUGCGUUGGUGAUGGAGAUGAAAAGGAUCUUAAAAACAAACUUGACACUAUCCGUUCUGUCGCCUCUAAUAUGAGCGAAGGCCAACAACUUUUGAAUUUGCUUCAAGAUGCUUUCGGAAAAGCUAUCAACACAGCUCCAACUGACAAACAAGAGAUGCUAAGAGAUGACAUGACCACUCUUCGAAACAGAUGGGAUCAAAUCAACAUGGACAUUACAUCUGUCCAAGCCCAAUUGAAGGCUUCUUUGGCAAGAUGGGAUGAGUAUAACGAUACGAAGAGACGACUUGAGAACUGGCUUACCGAUACUGAAAAGACACUCAGCGUGAAACAAAAUACUAAAGGCGAACUUAGUGAAAUGAAGACUUUACUGGAGCGUUACAAGAAUUUAGAAACAGAAAUUGCCAACAAACAAGUAGACAUAACAAGAUUGAACACCGAAGCCGUUGAACUUAGCUCAUGGGCUAAACGACCGAGCGUUGUCGACGAAGUCCAGCAAUUACAAGCCAGAUAUGAUAAACUUAAAGUUGCUUGUAACAGUCUUAAGGAAGAAGUCGAAGGUGAGCUUCAAGAAUUGAAUUUGUAUCACCAAAAACUUCAAGAAACAGAAAAAUGGUUGUUGCAAAUAUCGUUCCAACUUAUGGCUCACAAUUCUUUGUAUAUUACGAAUAGAGAACAGACAGAAGAACAAAUAGCCCAACACGAAGUUCUCUUAGAUCAAAUACAAAAGUAUCAAUCUACUUUAGAUGAUGUUAAGUCCAAGGGAUACGGCCAAAUUAAGAGAUACGUUGACAAUGCACCUGGCAUUAAGGAUACCAUUGAAAAGCAAUUGAAUAAUGUGCAAGAAAGCUACAACUCAUUGCUACAAACAGCUAUACAAAUCAAGAACAGAUUGUUGGACUCUUUGGCUAAGUUUAAAGAAUAUGAGGAUACUCUUGAAAGUAUCAUGCAAAACCUUGAUGAGCACGAAAUCACUGUUAUGGAAGAAGUCGAAAGGCCCAUAGAAAGUCUUAAGGACGCUCACAGUCAACUCGAAACAGCCAAGACUCUUCACAACAAACUUCAACAUGAAAAAUCUCGUUUGGCUUUGGCCGUACAAGCUUGUGAAGCAGCAACUGCCUCUAUUAGUAGGCCCAGCAGCCCGAGAGAUGCUCUUCCACCACCUGUACCAAUAAAAGAAUUGGAAUGUAGAGCACGCUUGGAGGACCUCAUCGACCAGACACAAAAGGAGACGGCAACUUCCGAGGAGUCUGAUAUCAGACUGAAAUUGCUAAUGGAUCAACUUUUGUCACGUGGAGUCGUUAAAAAAAUGCACGACCAGAUCGAUAAGGUACAAUCUCAUCUCAGCAAUUUGACAUCAUCAGUUGCUGAAUUUGAGGAACAAGAAAAGCAAAGGACAGCAAUUAAAAAUUGGAUAUUGGCACAGAGACAACAAGUUAAUGAGUGGAAGAACAGACCUAUUAAGUUAAGACCUGACGCAGCUAAACAAGAACUUACAAGUAUGAACGAUUUAUUGACAUCUAUUGGACAGAGAAAGAACCAACUACUAACCGAACUACCUGCUUAUGGUAAUGAAAAUGACGAACUUGACGAAAUGUUGAACAGUCUGGAAGAGGAUGUAACUCAAUUAAUUGCACAGAGACAGAAUAACCAAGAUAUUAUUGAUGAAUAUCGCCAAAACAUUCAAGUCAUUAACAAUUGGUUCGAUAAUCUUCUCAAGAGAAUAGAUGCAGUAGAUAAAGGCUCAGGUCUAAACUGUCAACAAAAACAAAAUACAAUUGGUGAAAUUCAAGCUGAAUUUGAUGAUCAGGGUCCCAAACGAGUUGACGAAGUCAAACGCCUUGCUUCUCAAGUAAUAGAGUUCGUAAACAAUUUAGACUCUCAACAAGUCGAAGAACAAUUGAAAUCAGUCGAGAGACGUUAUAACGACAUUGCUAAACGUCUGCAACGCAAGCUGCAAGUACUUGAUAUGACCAGAAAGGGUAUUGAAGAUACCAGAAACGAAAUUGAACAAGCUAGAGAGUGGGUAAAAGAAAAACUGGUUUCUCUUCAGAGAUCUCAACCUCUAGGUUUUGAAAGCCGUAAAGCUGAAGACAAAUUAAAUGCUCUCAAGGCUUUGUUAAAAGAAGCAGAUAAUAAGCUAGUCCUUAAAGAAACACUAAGUAAGCGAGUUAGCAAUAUGACAAACGAAUUAGAACCAUCAGAGCAAAAUCAAUUAGAAGGAGCUUUAAAGAAUCUUGGAACUGAACAAGAGCAACUCGUUGAAAAGAUUAAGUCCGAAAUCGACAAAGUAACUGGUGCUGUCAACACAAGAAAGAAUCUAGAAUCCAAUCUUGAAAAAGCAAAGGCUUGGCUGAAGGCCAAAAAUGCUGAAAUCCGCAAACUUAGCGGCUAUCUUCCUCUAAAAGCUAAUCAAGUUGAGAAAGAAAUAGUACAACACAAAAACUACGAAUUACAAAUUAAAGAAUUCAACGAAGGUGACCUAAAUGACCUUCUCAAAUUGGGUAACAGUGUUCUUAAAGAAUGCGAUGAAGAAGACCGUCAACGCUUACAACAGUUGUUGGAUGAAGUCAAAGAAGAAUAUGACAAUCUCAAAUCCGAGUCCAACCAAAAGAUUCAUGCUUUGACAGAUCUUCUUCAAGGUCGCAAGCAAUUCGAAUCGGAUAUUGAUAAAUGUGUUGACUGGUUAAAAGAAGCCGAAGUCGCAACAUCGUCAGAAAUCCGUGCACCUAAUUUGGAAGUCCUGGAAGAACAACUGGCAAAAUACGAGCGACUCGAAGACGCUUCUAAGAAGGUACAAGGAGAUAUUGAUAAGAUCAACGAACAAGGAAAAGCCAUUCUUCCAACUAUCAGUGAAUCAGAUAAACUUAUAUUAAACGAAACCUUGAAUGAUCUUAAAGAACGUCAUAGGAAAAUAGCUGCUCUAAUUCAAGAUAGAACUAAUACUCUCAAACAAAACAUCCAGGACAUCAAAGAAAACAAAGCCAAGCUUGCUGAGAGUGUACACUUUAUCCAAGACAUACAAAAUCAAUUAAAGGAUUUGAAUAAACCUAUUGGUAGCAAGGUUGAAGAUGUUCAGAGUGUGUUGGCCAAUUAUGAAAGAAUCUUGCAGGAGCUUAAGGCUAAUAAAGCUAAACUUGCUGAUGUAUCUGCCUCACCUGAACUACAAAGUGUCCUCAACAUGCAAGACGAACUUAUCAAGAGCAUUGAAGAUCAAAUAGCAAGACUUAAACAGUUAUUGCUGCUCAGAGAACAGUACCUUGCAUUGAUUACAGAAAUCAUGACGUUCAUCACCAAGUACACCGAAAUUGUGAGAGACAUCGAAAAAUCUGGAGGUACCAUUGAAGAAAAGAUAAAGAAAUACGACGAUGUUAUUGUGAAGAUUCAAGAAUGUGAAGCUCUAUUAGCUUCGGCAGCAGACAAAGGACAACAAAUUGCCGCUGACGGAUCAGCACAAGACAGCAACACAAUCACCCAACAAAUCCAAUCAUUGAAACAAUCGCUCCUUAACUUGAGACGUGCCGUUGAGAAGCAAAGGCAAGAACACGAAAACACCGCAGCUGAGCACAGGAAGCUCGCAGCUGAAUUGGAGGAUAUUCUGGAUUGGCUGCAUGCCAACGAAGCCAACGUCAAAUCCAGGCCGUUGUUGAGCCGCGACGUUGAGAGUGUGGAGAAAGAAAUCACCAAACACAGAGAACUCGCCCUGAACGUCAACACCUAUUUGGAGAAAAUACGCAAAAUCCAAGAAAGUACCAGGCACGACGACAGCAUGCCAAGUGGUCUACAAGAACAACUAUCCGAGGCUAAUUCCCUUCUGACCACCCUCCCCAGGGAACUGGAGGAACGCGAGAAGUACUUGGAGAACAACAAAGCCCUGCGCGAGACCUACAUCCUGCACAAACAAAAACUGUUCGAUUGGGUGCGCGAAGCCGAGAUCCGCCUCAGCUCUCACAAGGACGGAGUCGAUUUCGAGAACAUUUUAACCGACCUGGAGGAGCACAAGAUCUUCUUCAGCACCGAAAACAACAUAAGGGAACUGGUGUCGCACACGAUUCAACAGGCUGCCGACAAGAUCUGGCCCAGUUUGACUCCUUUGGAACAAGAGGAACUCAGCAGGGAACAACAGCAGCACACCCAAGUGCUCAAGAACACGCUCAACUCCGCCAAGUCUCAGAAGGCGCAGCUGGAGCAGGACGCGGAAAUAUGGAAGAACUAUUGCCAGUCGUUGGAUAAGGUUAAGGCCGUCAUUUCCAGGACUAGAUUUACCGAUGAGCCGGUUUCCACCCUUGCCGGUCUCCAUUUCAACAUCCAGAAGAUAACUCACGCUCUCAAUGACAUACAAAACCAACAGUUCGAGCUCGAUUUGCUGCAAGAACGUGCCAAAGAGAUACUGAAACAGGCCGACGAACGCAACCGCAAGAACAUCCAGAUCCAAAGCGAAGAGGUGUCGGAAGAGUGGUCCAAGCUUGUCGAUGGUCUCGAAUCGAGACGGGACACCCUGACACAACUGGCCCAAGUUUGGGAAACGUUCGAGGGCAGGUGGCAAAAUUUCGAAAGCCUCAUCACCGGUAUCGAAGAGAGGGCCAAACAUAUUGACACCGUUGUCAGAAACAAGGACCAUGUAAACCUCACAAUCAGAAACAUCGAGGAGCUGCAAUCGGAAGCAGAAUCCCUCAGAAGCCAGCAGAAGGAGGUGAACGACUUGUCCAACACCGUUCUGCUCUUCCUCAAGGAGUGCUCUUCAGCUUCGGCGGCGGCCUUGACUGAAAAACUCCAACAACUCAACCAAACAUACGAGAGGCUUCUGACAAGCUUGAACGAUAAACACGGCAAAUCCGAGAAGGAUCUGCAGCAAAUCGAAAAAGCCCUAUUAGACAUAGGCCAGAAGAGGCUUUUGCUCAAGGAAAUCCACCAAGAGGUCCAGGACUUCUACGUGUAUUCCCCCAACGUUGAAAAAACCGAAUCUGACUUGAAGCAGCUUCGACUCAAGGUAGAAUCCGAGAUAAUCGAAGCUAGGAAUUUGUGCGUGGAGCUAAGGAACACCUACAACAAAGCUCAACAGCUUGUCCCCUCAGAUAUAGCUCAAGAGCUCAAUCAAUUGGAAUUAUUGACUGAAUCUAUCGUUGGUGCGAUGGAGGAAAAAGACCGGGAAUUCAAGAAAGCUAAAACCGUGCGUUCUGACUAUCUUAACGACGUUGAAGACCUACAGACUUGGAUCAAGGAUGCUGAAAUUAAGGUCCAAGAUAGAUCUACCGAACCUCACGUCCUCCAGGAGACUCUCCAACAGGUGCAAUCCGAGUUGGCCAGUGCCACUGACAAACUCGAGAAGGUUACGAAGAAUGGUAAAACUUUGAUGGAAAACAGCCGCGACCCGCAGGAUAAGCAGCAAAUUCAAGUGACAAUCAACACCCUGACUGAACAACUGCAACAAGUUAAGUCGUGGCUGGACGAAAAACGUCAACAAGUUGGAGAGACUUUGGAUGCUUGGCAACGAUUCCUUACUUUGUACAAACAACUUAUGGAAUGGGUCCAGGAAAAGAAGGUGUUCUUGCAGGAACCUCUUUUCAUUAGUACUCUGCCCGAAGCGAAACAAAAGCUACAUGAUUAUUCCAACGCCGUAAAAAGUUGCAAGAACGCCACCAAGAACUUGAGCGACAUGGCUAAAGAAUUGGAUUACAUUGGAAGUGUAACAAGCGUUGGUGACCUUCCUCAAAAAAUGGAAGAGGCGGAGGAAUCAAAGACUGAAGUUGAAGCUCAAAUUCUAGAAAGGAACUCGUUGCUACAAGAAACAUCCGAAGAAUGGGAACAAUGUGAGAAGAAAAUGAAGGACGUGAGGAGUUGGAAGGAGAAGAACCAAGCAGCUCUGGAAUCUCAACAGAACAAGAAAAAACCAUUGAGGGACCAACAUGCUCUUAGAGAAAAGAUGCUCGGUGAUAUUCAGAUACAAAAGACUAAAAUCUCUUUGUCUGUUGAGAAAUUACAGCUGCAUUUCCUUCGAGGUGUUGGAGAGAUGCUGUCAAACACAGAUGUGAAGCUGCACUUCCGCUCAGGCGUAGGAGGCGAUACCAAGGUGACGCAUAGCGCAGAAGACUUGCUCCGUGAGCUGGACGACCUCCAGGACCAAAUCCGCGAGCAGAGCCACCAACUGGAGGCUGCCAUCAACCAGGUUGACCAGUACCAGCUGGAGGUUCAGCAGCUGCGUCAGCAGAUCGUCCAGGUGGAGCAACAGCUUCGUACGACGAUGGCCCCGACCUAUUUGCCACACGAUCGUGACCAGGCGCUUAGAGAGCAACAGGCAAUCGUCCAACAACGGAUUAGAACACUCUACGGCCGCAUCCGUGAAGUGGACCCGUAUUGCGUCCUGCCCGAUCCCGAAUCCCAACUCGGGGUGUCGUACGCCGAUGUGGCGGCGGGUAGAUCCCAAUCCCAAGAUCGAAGGCCUGCUCACGAACCAGCGCUCGAAUUAAUCGAACACGAAAGGACCCAACAAGCACCGGUCCCUGAGACAAUACAGCCAUUGGAAACGGUGCCUGUCAUCGUAGAACCUGUUAAGGAAAUCGAGGCGCCGAAGGCACAACAGAAACCGCCGAGGCGUAGUCGUUCACCACGCAGAAGGGGCGAGAAAACAACUUACGAUAAACACACGCGUGAAACUGUUCGUACCACCACCACCACGCAUUACCCCCCCAGUAUUGUAGUACCGCAGGAACCCCGUGCUCAAGAAGAGGUUGUACGUUUAACUUUAGAACCAAAUCAAAACGAAAACAUUGCAGUCACUUUGACUACGGUCGAUGUGUCUAACAAACCUCGCAACCGUUCUCCAUCUCCGCAACACCAUUUGGCCACAACUAGCAAUGUAAGGGCUCGCUCGAAGAGUCCAAUGUGGAUUCCGGGUUCCACUACGUACGCCGAAAUGCUCCGCGGUCAGUACAGAUCCUCCGAAGAACGCGAGGUUUCACCUAACCGAUCUGAAAUGAAUGUCAUUGUUAAAAAUAAAAUUACUAGAGUUGAGCCAAAGCCAACUGAACCUGAAAUAAAUGUUACCAUUAAAAAUAAAGUCACCAAGGUGGAACCAAAACGGGAGUCGGGGUCUGUUCCGACUUCAGUACCAAGUUGUAUGUCAUUUUCUCAACCCAAUCCAGAACCAAUUGUUACCACAAUCAGUAAUCAACUGUCGUAUUACCCUACGGAAAAGGUAGAACAGUCUCUUAGUUUUACGCAACCACAGCAGACUAGGGAACUACCUCACAUGAGUUACCAACAACCUACUCAAUCGCAAAUUAACUAUCGUGACCAUUUACCUCGCGAUGACCAACAAUAUAUUCACACGCAAACGUGGAAUCAAUAUCCUCAAGCUCAGUAUACUUAUGAACAACUCGCACAACAAUAUAAUAAUGAGCUCGCCUCUCAAAAUUUCUAUCAACAAGCUGUAAACCAACAGAUUCAACCCAACCUGUUGGAUUACAUGCAACCAAUUCCCGAUAUGGUUAAUUUCAUUGCUUCUGGUCAACAAUUGCUAAGUUCUGGCUUGGGUACUUACCACAACGCAAAUCAAUACGCCGACAUCUACCCGGUCAAUCCGAACGUACUACAAUACUACAAUAACGUGCAACCGAACCUCGAGAUUCCUGCACAGGUUUACGAAAACAGGCAGUAUAACGUGAUCGAAGAAAAACUGCCGCAACCACAACCGCAACCUGUUGUCCAACCUGUUGUGCAACCCGUUAUUCAACCGGUUGCACAACCGGUUAUGCAACCAGUCGCUCAACAAGUGGUCCAAGAACCUAAACCGUUCGCCGAAGAGCCCCAAACGCAUUCGAUCGAGGUGUAUGAAGAACAACCGGCUCUAACGACAGACAGCGCCGCUAGUUCGCACUUCUCUUAUGCCCAGGCCUUGUCUCAGGGACUCAGUGUCCGACCUGUCCAACCAUCCAAUACCGUUACGAACCCACGACAAGCUCCUAGACAAAAGUCUCCUAUGCGUGGAUUCCCAUCCAAGCACACGGACGAAACGCUGUCUCAUACGAGGGAGCAAAGUUCGCGCACACGUAGAAGAAAGGAUAGUCACAAAGAGACAAUUCCAAAUGUUGCCGACAAGCAACAUAGACAUAGUAUUAAGAAAGAAAAUAAAGAGAAUCGAAACAUCGAAUUUGAUGUUCAAUGGCAAGAGCACCAUGGAGAGCCUGCUCGUGCAGGUGGUGUUCAAGCUGAAGAACGUGUUCCCUACACAGAAGACUUUAAAUCCCCUAGUGAUGUAGAUGAAAUUUCCCCAAUUACAGAUAAACACAAGAAAAAAUCUAAAAAACCUAAAAAGACUAACGAGGACGAAAUAGAUAGGGCGUUGAAGGAAAUUUCAAUUGCCGAUCAUAAAGCCAAACCGGAUAAAAAGAAUAAGUCACAUGUCAAACAUAUUACUGUUGUGAAAACCACUGAAACUGUCGUUGAACCAGUUGAACAAAAGAGUAAAGGUAAACAAAUUAAAAUCAAAGAAACCAAAAUAAAAAUGGUUACAUCUAGCGGUGAUCAAUCGCCCCAAGAUGUAAUUUCACACCCCACACAAGAACCUCGACCAGUUUCGAGAAAAGACGCUCCACCCAGAUCAGACAAAUCUCAACCUGAACUUGAUAUUCCGCCUAAAAAGAAAAUUAAAAAGGUCAAACCUGAGUCACCUACUACUACCAAUCAAGAAAUAUUUACAUCUACCACCACAACAACAGUUGUUCCGGGUACCACUCAGUUUGGUAUAUCUGACUCUACUCCUGUAACAACACAACCAAGUUCAAUUUCACAAACGUUUAUUCAUAGUGAACAACAAAGCCAAGAUGUCCCAUCGGGUAAGUCUAGUGUAAACUCUUGGGCAGCUAUUGCCAGUAAGCCUGCAAAAACAGAAUCUCAACCAAAAGAAGAACAACCUACCAAGAAAAUUAAGCAACCUAAACCUAAACAGGAGGUAAGACCUACAGAACCUCGCAACAAUAAAGUUAUUUCGGUUUCCCAAGAUUUUAUCCAGAAUGAAACGUCACAAUCCUGGUCUACAACAAAGGCUGAUUCUGAUUACGUAACUUCAUAUGAAGAACCAGUUGAACAACAGGCUCAAAUUAUACAAACAAUAGUUGAAGAAGAGGCAAAAAUGCCAGUAACAGAAAAACCUAAAGAAUCAGCCCCAUUAAACUCGUGGGCUAAUAUAGCAAGUAAAAAUGCACAACCAGAGUUACCUAAAAUUGAAGUUAUCAAACCUAAACCCAAACCCGUAUGGGUACCUCCCGUAACUCCAGUUGUUGUACAAACACCUGAAGUUGAAGAAGUUUCCCCUGAGGAAGUUAGCGACUCGCAAGAAAAGAAACACAAGAAAAAGAAGCAUAAGAAAAAGUCUCCAGAACCAGUGCAACAACAUAAACCUGCUUUCGUUAUCACUGAAGAAAUUUUGCACAUUUCUGAUCAUGAAGAAGAACCUGAAAUCAGACCUCAGGUUCCCAAAAAGAAAAAGAAUAAAAAAGUUAAAUCCAUUCAAGAACCACAGUUAAGUAAGAAACUUGAAGAAAAUGAAGGCACGGUACACAGUGUACCUAAUGUUGAAGUAACUGAAGAUGUGAAUGUUAGCCCAACAGAAGAGCUUCAACCUCCUGAACAACCUGAAAGAAAAUCUAGAAAAAAGAAACCUAAAAAGGAUAACAAACCAGUUGAACAAGUGGUAGAAGUUGUAGAGAGUCCGAAGCAACCAGAAGAGGUUAAAACACAAGAAAUUGUAAUUGAAUCUACAAAUAAAAUAGUAGAAAGUAAGCCCAAGAAAAAGAAGGGUAAUAAGAAACCUCAAGAAGUAGUAACAACCGAAAUUACAGAUACGUCUAAAAUUGAAACACCAAAGUCUCAAAGAGAACCUAUUCAGUCAAAACCUACAAAACAGAUUACUGUAACAGAACAAUUGAUCUUGAAUGAAAAUGAACCUCAGACAUCUGUUACCAAGACAGUAUCAACUGAAGAAGUUAUUUUACAACAUCCCGUCACAGAUUCUCAAGAAUUUAUAACCACAGAACAAAUAAUUACUACACGUACUGUUACAACUGAGGAAAUUAAACCAGAACAAGAAACCAUUACAGUUACUAAAAUAGAGGAAACAAACGAUGGAGAUAACACAGCAAGACCAGUAACUGAUGUAAAAGCAGAAGAAAGCUCUACAGCGACAGAUAAAAAUAAGAAAAAGAAGAAACAGAAAAAACAACCUAAAGAAAUUGAAAUCAAACCCGCCUUUGUGGUUACCGAAGAAAUUCUUCAUAUCCCUGAAGAAGUUAAUGAGAAAUCUAAACCUAUCAAAACACAAAAAAUCAAAGAUCUAAGCCAACCACAAGAGUCACAGCUUUCCAAUGCUCCGGAACAAACAACCACUGACAUAAAUACUGAAUUAAUUGAACGUGAAAGAGCUGAGGUACAGCCUGAAAUCAAAUUAGAAAAAUCUGUUGAUAUGCCUGAGGAAUCUAUUAAUAUUGAGAAAGUUCCGGAGAAUAUAUCUAUUGAAAAUGUUUCAAUAGUGGAAACUCAAGCAUUUAUAAAUGAAGAGAAGAAUGAACCAGUCCUUGCUGAAACGCAGGAACCAUCCAAGCAAGAAAUUAAUGCUGAAAGGCCUGAAGAGAGAAAAGAGCCUGAAGAGGUUACUACUUCACCAGAAGAAACUACAGUAGAGACUAAUAUACCUUCAGCUGUAGAAUCUCCCCAAUUCACGACUGGUAACGAAUUAGAGCCUGAAAUAUCAAACUCUACCAUUACUACAACUGUAGUAGAAACAGAAUCAAAAUUAGUUGAAAUGACUGACACAAAGAAUAUAGAAAUAGAGGAGAACAAUCUCAACAAUGUUUCUGAAACAGAGAAGCCUAAAAUUGACGAUUUAUCUAUACCUGACGUGAUUGAAGUAGUAACUCAAACUGAAACUAAAACAACUAUUUCUUGGGCAGAUGUUGCUGGUAAGCAUUCUAAACCAAAUGAGUCCCAAACUAUUUUACAAGAUAAACCACAAAUAAUUGAAACUACAGACUCAAAUGCACAAGAAAAUGAAGAACCUACAUUUGAAUUAGUAGACGAUGAAAACUGUGUUAACAAAAAAUCUAAGAAGAAGAAAAACAAGAAACAACCCAAAGAACCAGAGACUAAACCUGCUUUUGUAGUAACCGAAGAGAUUUUACACAUUCCUGAAAGUGAAGUAGUUGAUAAGAUUCAAGUGCAAAAGAAACAAACUAAGAAAAUUACUGAAGAAGAUAAACCAACAACUACUGAUGAUAUAGUAAUAAAAGAAACCCAAACAAUUGAUACUCCAAAAUUAGAUAAUGCAAUUUCUUGGGCAAAUAUAGCCAGUAAACAUGCUAAACCUGAAGAGCCCACGUCAGAAACCAUACUCCAAAAAAUUCCUGAAAAAGUACAAAGUAUUGUUGCAACUGAUGUGAAAGAAGAAGUUAAAUCCAGUACUGAAGUCGUGGAUAAUGAAAUUGAAAGUGAUAAGAGAUCUAAGAAAAAGAAGCACAAAAAACAUUCUAAAGAACCAGAACACAAACCAGCUUUUGUAGUCACUGAAGAAAUUUUACAUAUUCCAGAUGCAGAAAUAUGUGAAAAACCCAAAGUACAAAAGAAAGAAAGAAGUACAAGUGUUGAACAAACUGAACCUAUAACUUUAACAGAUAAUACAGAUGUAGUAACCGACAAAAUCCAAAUAAGUGAUACAGUUAGUACAAUUUCUUGGGCAAACAUCGCAAGUAAACCUACUAAACCAAAAGAGCUUGUGCCUCAAACGUUACUACACGAGAAACCACAAACAGUUGAAAAAGAAGAAACAAUUAUUGCUACAGAUGUUCAGGAAGAACCAAAUGUUGAACUUGUGGAAAGUGAAAAUGAUAGUCAUAAGAAAUCUAAAAAGAAAAAGCACAAAAAACAUCCCAAUGAACAAGAAAUCAAGCCAGCAUUUGUAAUAACUGAAGAAAUUUUGCAUAUUCCUGAAGCAGAAAUAUGUGAGAAACCAAAAGUACAAAAGAAAGAAAAAAGAAAAAUUGUUAAAGAAUCUGAACCAGCAACUACAAGAACUACUGUAAUAACGAAUACAGUUACCGAAGAAAUUCAAACAUCUGAUACUCCAAAAUUAGAUAGUACAAUUUCUUGGGCCAGUGUGGCUAGUCAUGUCAAUAUUGAAGAUUCUACUCCUCAAACAGUAGAUGACAAGCCUACAAGAAUAGAAACUACUGUUUUAACGAAUGUAGAAGAAGUUAAACCAGUUAUUGACCUUCCAAGUCAUGAAAUUCAAGGUGACAAAAAAUCUAAGAAAAAGAAACAAAAACAACACCCGAAAGAACCAGAAAACAAGCCAAGCUUUGUAGUCACUGAAGAAAUUGUACAUAUUCCAGAAAUAUCAACAGAAAUUGCAGAAGUGGUCACUGAAGAAGUACAAGUAACUUCAAAUUCAGACAGCACUACUACAUCAUGGGCAAAUGUAGCUGGCAAAAAUUCUAAACCUGAAAAACCUUUGCCUCAAGAGAUACCAAAUAAAAUUGUUAAAGAAACACUUCCUAGUAAGGAUGUUGUACAAGAAGAACAACCAACAGAAAAUAUUGAUGUUGAAGUGACAUCCAACAAAACAGUAAAAAGGAAGAAACAGAAAAAACAACCUAAGGAACAAACAAUUAAACCAGUAUUUGUCGUUACUGAAGAAAUUUUACAUAUUCCAGACCAAUCAGAGGAUGUUAAAUCUCCAAAGAAACCAAAACCACCAAAAUCUAAGAAAUCAGAAAGUAAGAACUUUAUUGAAAAUAAAAAGGAAGUACCUGAAGAAACUUUGCCUAAGCCACAGCUUAACACAGUUACUUCAGAAUUUAUUGAAAAUGAAAGAAUAAAUGAGACUGUUACUCCUACUACGGACACUACAACUGUAAGUGUUGUGAUGACAGAGAAAGCUGAACCUAUGGUUACUACAACCGUCACUGAAACAAUUCAGGAAACCGCUGUACAAUUUGAGACUCAACCAAAAGUAGAAGAAACUUCAGUUCUUUCGGACACUAAAGAACCUGUAAAAGAAGAUUUGUCGAAAACUGAUGAAAUUGUAAGAUCAUUGUCCAAAAAUGAAACAGAAAUCAAUACCAAAGAAACAAUUUCAAGACAAACUAUUACAACAACUACAACAAUAACAACCACCGAAGGUUCUACAAUUGCAAAGGAAUCACAUAUAAGCGAGAGUUGCCCAAGUCAAGAUAUUAAGACGGAAAUACAACCUGUUACACAAAAACCAGGUGCUAACACAGUUGUUCUGAUAACACACGAAGAAAUUAGAACAAAACCUGUUGUUUCUAUUAAAAUGCAAUUUGUAGAAAAUCCUACCAUUGUAGAAAUAGAACAACUUGAUAAGAACUCAGUUACUGAAACAACAGUAUCAACAACAGAAAAAAUCACUGAUGUACAAAACAAAGAUGAACGAAUUGAUUCCAGUCUGGAGACUGUAACAGAAAUUACGCCAGUCGUUACCACAAGCACAACGACUACAAUAACAUCAACAGAAAAAAUUGUUUCAGAAACACCUGUGAUAAAGAAGGUUGAUUAUAAAGGUUUACCCAUUGAUGACAGUGUAGAUCUUUUAGAUCUUCUGGACACCGAAAUAACUCUGUCUGAUGAUGAACCUGAAUCAACUAAUAAGAGCUCAGUGACUGAGACUACAAUAUCAACAACAGAUACAAUCACAGAUGUGCAAAACAAAGAAGAACAAAUUGAUGCAACUGUGGAGACUGUAACAGAACUUAGUCCAGUUGUUACUACAAGUACAACUACUACAGUAACAUCAACUGAAAAAGUAGUUUCAGAAGCUCCUGUGAUAAAGAAGGUUGACUAUAAAGGCUUACCUAUUGAUAAGAGUGUAGAUCUUUUAGAUCUUCUGGACACCGAAAUAACUCUGUCUGAUGAUGAACCUGAACCGACUAAUACGAGUUCAGUUACUGAAACUACAAUAUCAACAACAGACACAAUCACGGAUGUGCAAAACAAAGAAGAACAAAUUGAUGCAACUGUGGAGACUGUAACAGAACUUAGUCCAGUUGUUACUACAAGUACAACUACUACAGUAACAUCAACUGAAAAAAUAGUUUCAGAAGCUCCUGUGAUAAAGAAGGUUGACUAUAAAGGCUUACCUAUUGAUAAGAGUGUAGAUCUUUUAGAUCUUCUGGACACCGAAAUAACUCUGUCUGAUGAUGAACCUGAACCGACUAAUACGAGUUCAGUUACUGAAACUACAAUAUCAACAACAGAUACAAUCACGGAUGUGCAAAACAAAGAAGAACAAAUUGAUGCAACUGUGGAGACUGUAACAGAACUUAGUCCAGUUGUUACCACAAGCACAACGACUACAGUAACAUCAACUGAAAAAGUAGUUACAGAAAUACCUGUGAUAAAGAAGGUUGACUAUAAAGGCUUACCUAUUGAUAAGAGUGUAGAUCUAUUAGAUCUUCUGGACACCGAAAUAACUCUAUCUGAUGAUGAACCUGAACAAAGUCAACCAAGUAAAGUGGAGUCAGAGGUACCAAAGGAGGAUAAUAAAGGUGAUCAAAUUAAAGAGGAAGCUGCAACUACAACCACAACAGAAGUUGUACAGCAGAAAAUUCCAGAGAAGAAGGUAGAAUAUAAAGGUUUGCCGAUAGAUAACACUACAGAUUUGUUUGAUAUUUUGGACUCGGAGAUUGUGCUGUCUGACGAUGAACAAGAACCACAAACAACUAAAGAUUCAACUGAAAUUAAAGACUCUAAGAUAUUAAUUGAACCAACUGAUUUAGAACAAGUCAUAUUUGGUUCCGUAAAAGAAAGACCCAAAAAAAUAGAAUCUGAGAAACCUAAAAAGAAAAAUAAAAAAUUAGAUAAGUCUGCGGUGGAGCAAAAGGCUUGUAAACUAUUAGAACAAAGGAAAGAAAAUAAGAAGCGUCAUGGCCUACCUAUAGAAUUUCUCUUAGAAACACAAAAUACUUUCGACGAAACGGUUGACAAUUCGGAUGAAUAUGUCGAAUAUGUCACACCGACUUUGACGAGAAAUGAUUCUGUUGUCGAUUUUGAGGUCAAUGAUAUUCAAGACGUCAUGAAUGCUUUUGAUUCCAAGGACAAGAGUAAAAUUACAAGUAAAGAGAAACAACAUUCAAAAGACAGUGAGUUUGUUGAAAAUCAGGUAUCAGUUGUUGAAACUACUGACACAAUUUUUGUUGAUAUAGAAAAUAAAUCGGCAACUGCUCAGAACGAUCGAGCAACUGUAAAGACUCAGGAAAAAGGUUUGAAUGAUGACAACAUUAAUAUAUCUUCGACACAUUCAGAUGAGGGUGACUCUCUUUCAGAUGACGAACAAAAUGGCGAUGACUCUGGUAAAUCUAAAAAAAGAAGGAGAAGGAAAAAUAAAGCUAAAAAAGAAUCAACUAGUGCAUCUGUUGAUGAAGGGUUAUGUAAUGAGACAUCUGAAAUUGACAAAUCAGCUGAAAGUGAGGUAAAAACGCCAAUUACACCAGAAGGUGAUUCUCAAAGAUUAAGUGUUAUUCAACAGAUGAUGCUGGAAACUGAAAGACGGUAUUCACCAGUUCGACCUGACGGAGAAUCUGUCGAGGUAAAACCUGUACCGGAAAUCAAAAAAGGUGAACCUUCCGAAAAAGUUUCACAAAGUCCAAAACCAAAGAGAAAACGUGGGAAGAAACCAAAAUCAGUUUCAUUUGAGGAAAUACCUCAUAUCAUUCAACUAGAUGAUGGCAAUAAAGAACAGACAGAAGAAACUUCUGCGAAAAAACCAAUUUCAGAAGGAAGCAAAGUUGAAAAGAUAAUUGUGACAGAAGAAACUAUUGAAAAGAACUGGACUGAAGACGAUGUAACAGAGGUUCCAGAAUCUAAAGAAUUAAUUUCAGAAGCUAUAUCCGAGUGUAAAAACGAACAACUAUUUGAAAAAGUUGUUGACAAGGAACCAGCUUUAAUCAUAACAGAUGAAGUAGUAGUGAUACCAGAAGAUAAUUUGAGUGAAAAGAAACAAAAACCGUCCAAACAAGAGGAUCUUAAAAUUACUGAAACUACAACAACGUCUACAAAACCAAAUGACAAAUUGUUAGAUUCUGUACAAGAGUUUAUUAAAGCAGAAUCUAAAGUGGAAGAUGUAUCAGGACUAUCUAGUGUGUCUUGGGCUAAAAUUGCCAGUACUAAUGCAAAACCAGAAGUAACACCAUUACCUCAAGCUACCAAAGAAAAAGAAACUACUCCAGAAAUACCUGCUAAGUUAGAAACAAAACUUGCACCUAAAUCAGACAGUGAACCAGAUUCGGACCAUGAUGAACACUCAACUAAGAAAAAGAAAAAGAAGGGUAAAAAGAAGUCAUCAGUAGAACCCAAAGAAACUAAACAGGCAUACGAAAUAACUGAAAUUAUAAGACAUAUUUCUGAUACGGAAGAAGACUCCAAAUAUCAAUAUCGUCCGCCCAGUGGACCCAAACAAAAACGUGGCAAACAACAAGAAAAAUUGGAAGACACUAAAAUAGUUACAGAAGUGCCGCAACAACAACCCCAAGUUGUAAAAGAGGAAUUAAUUGAAGAAAAGCCUAUUUAUCCCAAGGAGAUUGACUACAGAGGGGUGCCUAUUGGUCAUAAUAUCAAAACUGUGGAUACUGAACCUUCUUUAACCGUCGAAAAAUCGAAACCGUUGGUGAAAGUGACGGAAACCAAACCAUUAGUAAAAGAUGAUACAACCCGAGUGGUAAAAGAAUCAAUUCAAGAAAAACCAGUUGACCUUAAGAAUGUCGAUUAUAGAGGUAUUCCUAUUAACUCCACUACUAUUUUAGAAGAUAAAAUUGAUAACACACACACGGUUGUAAAAACUGAAAUUAAGAAACCCGAAGAAGUAUCCGUAGAUUUAAUUCAGGAAACAACUUCGAAACCUGAGAAAGUUGAGUACAAAGGUUUACCCAUAGAUAAUACUACAGAUAUUUUUGAUGUUUUGGACUCUGAAAUCGUUUUAUCUGACGAUGAAUCUUCUCCAAAACCUGAAGAAAAUAACGAAAAUCAACAAUUCAUUAUUAAUGAACAAACUAUAGUUACAAAAACAGAACCUAAAAAAUCAGAAGUGACCAUUAUUAAAGAGGAAGAAAGUAAAUUAACAGAAAAAGAUUCUGCAAAUGUUACAAUUGUUACUACUGAAAUUGUAACACAGCACAUACCAGUAGUAACAAGUGAUUCUUGGGCUAAAAUUGCGGGUAAGAAGACUAUUUCAGAAGAAGGCUUGAUUACAGAUAAGCCUAAAGAUCAGUUGCCACGAACAACUGUAAUAGAUAUAAAAUCUGAAUCUAAACCUACUGAUGAAUUGGAAUCAGGUGUCGAAACUAAGAAAAAGAAGAAGAAGAACAAAAAGAAAGACCAAGAGCAUCCUAAAGAUAGUAAACCUGAAUUUGAAAUUACGGAAGUGAUUAAGCAGGUUGUAGAAAGUGAACUGGACCCUAAAUAUCAGUAUCAUCCACCUACUGGUCCAAAACAAAAACCUGAGGGAGAAAUUAAACAGAUUAAAAAAGAGGAAAUAACAGAGGAACCUGCAAUUGUAUCUGUUCCUUCAGAAAAGAAAGAUGCAAAUAUCUCAAUAGUUUCCAGCAGUUCUUGGGCAUCUAUUGCUAAGAAAAAUGCAAAACCUCAAGAAAACAUUGCACCUGAACCUUCAGUAUGCAUAAAACCUACACCUGAAGCACCAGUUGAGGAAAUUAAAUCGGAGAUUAAACCUGAAAGUUCACCAGAAUCAGAUCACGAGGAAAUCUCGUCCAAGAAAAAGAAAAAGAAACAUAAGAAACCGCAUCAUGAAGUACCUCAAGAAACUAAGCCAGCUUUUGAAAUAACGGAAUGUAUAACAAAAAUUUCAGAAAAAGAAGAAGAUCCUAAGUACAAAUAUCGACCACCUUCCGGUCCGAAGGAUAAACCGGUCAAAAAGUUGCAGGAAACCGAAAAAGUACCCAUAAAUGUAGAAACAGAAGAAACAAUUGUACAACCUGAGCCUUCUACAACUACUGAUCAUGAAGUUUCUCAAAAAUCUGAUGACAACAUCCCAGUAUCGUCUAGUUGUUCUUGGGCAGCUAUUGCUAGUAAAAAUGCCAAACCCCAAGAAAACGUCGUACCUGAGCCACAAGUAUGCAAAAAACCUGUAUAUGUUGAAGACAUUAAAUCUCAAACUAAACCGGAGAGUUCACCAGAGUCAGAUUUAGAAGAACAAUCUUCUAAAAAGAAAAAGAAGAAACAUAGAAAACAGCAUCAAGAGUCUCAAGAUAGUAAACCUGCUUUUGAAAUAACCGAAUGUAUAAAACACAUUCCAGAAACAGAAGAGGAUACGAAAUACAAAUAUCGUCCGCCAUCUGGUUCAAAACAAAAACCUGUUAAAGAGCCAGUUGAACAAGUAGUAGUAGAUGUGGUUAAAGAGGAAGUAAUUGAAAAGCCAGAAGCUUCCACAACAGUUGUUCAAGAGGAGGUAAACAUUUUGGAAAAGACUGUUGAAAAUAUCCCAGCAGUUUCUGGUAGUUCUUGGGCUGCUAUUGCAAGUAAGAAUGCAAAACCAGAAAGACUGGAAUCUCCUAAACAGAAACAAGUUCCAGAAAAAAUCGUUCAAGACGUAAAGCCUGAAGUCAAACCAGAACCUGAAAUAAUAGUCGGAAGUGAACCUGAGUCAGAUAAUGAUGACAAAUCUGGUAAGAAGAAGAAAAAGAAACAUAAGAAGAAACAGAGAGAAGGAUCUGAUUUGAGUAAACCUGAGUUUGAAAUAACUGAGAUAAUAACCCAAAUUCCAGACACCGAAGAAAAGUCUAAAUAUGAAUAUCGUCCACCAACAGGACCUAAACAUAAACGUGAAAAAUUACCGCAGGCUUUAAGUGACACACAUAAAGAAAUCAUUGAACCAAUUGUUUCGGAUAUUCCUAAAGAAUCAGUAGACGAAUUGACACCUCAAGAUAAAACCGAAUCGACAAUAAAAGAUAUAUCUCAACAAUUUAUUAUUACUGAAAAGAAAGUGGAGACAGUUACUGGCAUCUCUUGGGCAACAAUUGCUGGAAAGAAUGCAAAACCAAUUGAGACAGUCUUACCUGAGACACAAGCAACAGUUGAACAAAUUGUUACACCCGAUGUGAAACCUGAAACUCGACCUGAGAUAAAACAUGAAACUAAACCCGAAAGCAAACCUGAAUCCGAUCAUGAAGAACAUGGUUCGAAAAAGAAAAAGAAGCAUAAGAAAAAGCGUCCGGACGAACCCGUAGAAGUCAAACCCGAGUUUGAAAUAACGGAAGUAAUAAAACAUAUACCUGACUCUGAACAAGACUCUAAAUACCAAUAUCAUCCACCUUCGGGCCCCAAACCUAAACGUGGAAAGGAGCAUCGUCCUGACGAAACAGAAGAACCUGUAAAAUUGGAAUCGGUGGUUGAGAAUGUUGAUGUUAUAACUGAAACAUUCGUUCGGGAAGAUCCUAAAGAAAUUAAGGAAGUUGAAUAUAAAGAAGCUUCUCCUUCACAAAAUGUUACACCGUUAGUUUUUAGUUCUUGGGCUGAUAUUACUAGUAAGAAUGCAACUUCACAAGAACAAAUUAAACCAGAUAUUCUUGACCAUCCAAAAGAAUCUGAAAAUCGUGCUCAAGAUACUAAACUCGAAGCUAAGCCGGAAAGUGAACCCGAAUCUGAUAACGAUCAAUCUUCUAACAAAAAGAAAAAGAGGAAUAAGAAGAAACACCGUGAGGUGUCUAAAGAAAGUAAGCCUGAAUUCGAAGUGACAGAAUAUAUUAGACACAUUUCAGACACCGAAGAUAACAUAAAAUAUCAAUAUCAUCCACCUACAGGUCCUAAACGACAACCUGAGGAAUCGAAAGAUAUUGUAGCAACCGAAGAAGAAAUAACACCUGAAACGCCAAUUGUAAUUGAAACUGUUGAAGAGGAAUCACAGAAAGAACCAAAGAAAGUGGAAUACAAAGGUUUACCAAUUGACAACAGUACAAAUCUUAUUGAUAUUUUGGAUUCAGGAAUCACUUUAUCUGAUGAUGAACAACUUCCGGAGGAGCAAGCUACAGUUACGACAAAUGUAAUUCCGGAGGCAACUGAAAUCAAGCCAGAUUCUUGGGCAUCAGUUGCAAGUAAGAAUGCACAACCGCAGGAAAAUGUAACAGUUAAAUCUAUGGCAGAUGAAAAGCCUGUUGUCGUUGUUGAGCAUGUGAAACCCACAUUGAAACCUGAGAGUGAACCGGAAUCAGAUCACGAUGAAGUAUCUGCAAAGAAAAAGAAAAAGAAGCAUAAGAAAAAGCAACACGAGGAACAUUCUGUUACAAAACCAGCCUUCGAAAUAACAGAAGAAAUACGUCACAUUCCAGAGUCUGAAGAGGAUUCUAAAUAUCAGUAUCAUCCUCCUACAAAUAAACAAAAGCCUCACAAACAAACAUUUGAAGAACCAAUUAAAUCGUUAAAGGAAGAACCAACUAUCCCAGUUAAUGAAGAACCUAAGAAAAUUGAAUAUAAAGGUUUACCUAUCGAUAAUUCAACCAAUCUUUUAGAAAUUUUGGAUAGUGGAAUUAUAUUAUCCGAUGAAGAAACUGGUGAGGUAGAAACUAACAAGAAAUCCGUUAUUGAAAUUACCAAACCCACUUUAGCUGACGAAUUAAUCAACAAUGAGUCACUUGUAGAGUCUGAGCCUCAAAUAAUUGAAAAAGUUAUAGUAGAAGAUGAUGUCACUAAAUAUGAUAUUAUUAAAUAUCUUAGUGAAGAAGAGCAAUACUAUAUAGAAAAACAAAAAACAUCCAAACCUGUUUCAUCUGAACAACGUAAUAUAAUUAUUGAUGAGAGACUUUUAUAUGAUGUUAUCUAUAUGCAAGAGGCUGAGAGAAGGUGGUAUGAAGUAAAAGCCCAACAAGAUAAAUUAUUGAAAUCAGAAGAAGAUAUUAAAGAAGAUAUUAUACCAGAUGAUUCUGAAACACCAGAAAGUAUUCCAAAGAUUAUCGAAUCAACUAAAACAAAUGAGCAGUUGCCUGAAUCACCAAUACAAGAUAAAUUAUUGAAAUCAGAAAAAGAUAUUAAACCAGAAGAUUCUGAAACACCAGAGAGUAUUCCAAAGAUUAUCGAAUCAACUAAAACAAAUGAGCAGUUGCCUAAAUCACCAAUACAAUCUUUUGACGUCACAGAACCUGAAUUACCAGAAAAUCUUAGUAUAACUGAAUUUACCGAAAGUCCAGUUCAAGAAGAAAAACCUGAAAAAAGUCCUGAUUCGCCUAUUCAAACUCUUGUCACUGUAAAAUCUGAAUUAACUGAAAGUGUACUUAGUGAAUUCGAACAAUCUGAAAAUGUAGUUCUAGAGAAACAACCUCCUGAAUUGCCAAUUUCGGACACACUUGAAAUCGAAACUUCUGACGAUACACCAGACACACCAAAAUCCUCUCUUACUCCUACUGCCCCUGAAUUUAUCCCUAAUUAUGUUGUUACCGAAACAGUCACAACUACGGUCGAAACUGCGCCAAAACCGUCUCAAUUCGAAUCAAUUAUUGAAACCGCUACCGAGUUUAUUCCUAAAUCUGAAAUGUCGCGAUUAAAUCCAAACGCCGCCGAAUUCGUACCAGGUUUUGAUAAGCCACCAGUAACGGAAUUUGCGCCUGUGUAUAAAACUGACGAACAGUACGACCAUACUUAUGUGUGGAAUAAUACUCAAAAUAUUUAUAACAUUGUCGAUGAAACUAGUCAGUAUGACGAAGGUAUCGAAAUACCACCAGAUCACGCCAGUAACUUAUGGGUAGAACAAAUUCUGCACGAACCGUCUGAACAUUUGGAUAUUCCUGACGACAAACCUGUUAAAUCUGAAGAAGAUGAAGUAGACACCGAAAGUCUACUUCCUAAAGAUGUAGUUUCUUCACUCAACACAGAAGAUGAUGAUGUCCCGCAAAAAGGUAUGUCCUGGGCUACAAUUAUUGGCUCCAAAAAAUCCGUUCCUAAACCAGCAAAACUUCCAGAAGCUGAUACUGGAAAAGCUUCACCACCCGUAACUUCUAAGCCAGAACCUAAAAAGGAGAAAAAAGAAAAGAAGCGUCCUAAACCAGAGAAACCUGUAGAAGAACCUGAGCCACAAACUCAAGUUUCAACAAAAUUAAUUUCAGAAGAUGCAUCUCAAUCUGAAACAAUAAAUGUUUGGGAAGCUUUGAAGAAAGGUGAUAAGACAUAUGCCGAUGUGGUAGCAACACAUGUACCAGGUGAGGUUAUUACGACAACUGUCACAACAGAAACUGUCAAAGUCAUUGAAAAAGUAAAACCAACUAUUGAAAUUAAAGUUCAAGAAUCAGAACCACAAAUCAAAGAAUCUAGAGUUGAAACAGAUGAAGAUGGCUUUAUUAUUCCAAAACACGAUAGAAAAUCUAGAUCUAGAUCCAGAUCUAAGCAAACGGUUGAUGUUGAGAAAAAGGUAACAGCUAUAUCUUCCGAUGAAUCCCCUGACGGUCAAGUAAAGGAGAGGAAACAUUCAAAGAGGAAAUCCAGAAAAACUAAAGACCACAAAGUAGUUGAAUUACCUCCACAAACUAGUGAAGAAAAAGAAGAACAUCUAGAAACUCCUGAACAGAAUAUAUUUAUUCAUGAAGUGGACAAAUCUACCAGCUAUGCGGGUAUCUUGGGUAGCAGGGAACCAUCACCAAGGUCACAGUCUAAAGAUCCAUCACCAAGGCCACAGUCUAAAGAACCAUCACCAAGGCCACAGUCUAAAGAUCCAUCACCAAGGCCACAGUCUAAAGAACCAUCACCAAGGCCACAGUCUAAAGAUCCAUCACCAAGGCCACAGUCUAAAGAUCCAUCACCAAGGCCCCAAUCUAAAGAUAUUCCGUCAUCCCUGAAAGAUUUACCUAAGAAGAGUGUAUCAUCAUCUGAUGAGGAAGUCUCAAAGAAACCAAAGAAAACAAAGAAGCACGAGUCCCAAUUUAGAAAACCAGUAGAGAUUAAUAUCGAUGAGCCUGUUACAGAUAUUCAGAAACCAAUAACUGAAUUGAAACCAGACACAAAAGAGAUUACUACAUCUUGGGCAUACAUUGCGAGUCGAGAACCGUCACCUAGACCUAAACAAACAAUUGUAACUGAAAAACCAGAGGAAGAAAUUGUGCAAUCCGAUAUUACACAUCAAAUACCAAAGAAAAAGGACAAAUCAAAGACUCGUAGACCAGAAAGUGAUGUCAAAGCUGAACCAGUCAUUGAAAUCAGCAAAAAGAAAGAGCCGAGACAUGAACAACCUGAAGAAUUCCACGAAGAAUCAUUAAAACCAACUUUAAGUUCAACUGAAUUCAUUGAGAAUGAACAAGUCGCUUCAUCAAACUCAUGGGCGAAUAUUGCAGCCAAAAACGCCAAACCUAAUGCUCCUGUGAGAGAAAUAUAUGAAACAGAGAAAGUUCGCCCUAUUGAAAUAAAUAUUGUUCGAACAUCAGAAACAACAACGGAACAACCUACAGUGGAAGAAAAACACAAGAAAAAGAAACAACACAAAAAGAAGCAUCAUGAAGAGCCCGUGAAGGAACCGGCAUUUACCAUUGUUGAAGAAAUAAGGCAUAUUCCAGAUGAAAUUGAAAGUCCCCGGGCAGCCACAGAUGAAACACAGGAAACCAUAGAUGCUAAAGAAGUUUCGGAAAUUUCAUCUGAAGAUAAGCCAGAAAAAGACGAGUCUGAUGAAGCCCAAAGGCCACGUAAGAAAUCUAAAAAGAAGAAGCCUAAAGUAGAAUCUCAAUCACAAGUUGUUGAAUCUGCAAAAGAUAUAUCUACACCAGAUAAGGAAACAUCAGAUGAAACUACUGUUACAACCUUUACCACAUGUACAACAUCGUGGGCUACCGUUGCUAGUAAGAAUAUAAAGUCUGAAGAUUUUAUAACAAUUGAGAAAGGUGAUCAACCAAUUGUAGCGGACGAACAACAAAUUAUAGAAACACCACAAGAACCAGAAGUAACAGUUAAGAAAUCUACAAAGAAAAAAUCUAGGGAGACCGAAAAAGAACAAAAAGGUGUAAAACUUCCGUUAGUUGUCGCAGAAGAAGUAAUUUCUGAAGUGGAUACACCAAAAUCUGUAACUUCGGAGUUUAUCACCCAAGAACAAAUUAAUAGUCUCGCUCCUCACCAGCUAGUUCCUGAUACAUCAGAUAUUGAAGAACCUACUAUAGAAAAAACUGAAGAAACAACAACAACCGUUAUUACAACAUCAUGGGCUUCAGUUGCGGGAAGAAAUGCGAAACCUGAAGAUUUUACAAUAGUUGAAGAAUCCACGAUUACUAUGAAACCUGAUGUAAUACCUGAUAGUCAUAUUUCAGAAGUAUCUCAGGAAUCGGAAAUCAAAAAAUCCAAAAAAUCGAAACAUAAAAAGAAGUCUCCCGAGGAACCGAAGGAACAAAAACCUGCAUUUGAGGUUACUGAACACAUAAUUACUAUUCCAGAAGAUUCUAAAACGGAACCAUUGAAGGUUAAAGAAGAAGUUGUAACAUCUGAGACAAUCAUUCCGGAGCCUUCAAUAAUAGAAGAACAAUUAAACGAUACUGCUAAGACACCUAAGACAGUAAAUGAAACUGAAAUCACAACAACUACAACAAUUACAACUUCAUGGGCUUCCGUGGCUGGGAAGAACGCACAACCUGAAGAGUUUACUUCAGUUGAGCAAAGUACAGCUCCUGAAUCUACAAUCGUCAUUGGUAGUUCAAAAGAACCAGAAGCACUAGAAGUGUCUGAUAAGAAAUCUAAGAAGAAAAAACCUAAAAAGAAAUCCCCAGAAGAGACGACAGAACAUAAACCUGCAUUUGUUGUAACAGAAGAAAUUAAGGUUAUUCCUCAAGAACCUACCACAUCAUCAAAAACUGUUACUUCAGAAUUUAUUAAUCAAGAGCAAGUGACUUUAUUGCCAGAUGAAACUAAAAAAGAAACUAAUACAUCACAGUUACUUAUUCCAGAGCCAAGUGUUGUUAGUGAUGAAAGUAUAACAAGUUCUAUAGAAUCAACUAUGAAUACUCCUAACAAUUCUGAAGAAAAUGUUCUUACUGAUCAAACUAAAGAGACAACAACUACUAUUACUACUACAACUUGGGUUUCCAUUGCUGAAUCUGAUACAAAAUCUGAAGAUUUAAGCCCAAUCGACAAAACUGCACCUAUUUCGGAAUCGACAGUUGUUGAUACUAAAAUUUCACAAGUGCCAGAAGAACUGGAAGAACCAGAUCAGAAAUCCAAAAAGAAACCAAGAAAGAAAUCUCAGAAAUAUGAACCCGCAUUUGUUGAUACUGUAGAAAUAACAUCUACUUCGAAUGAACCCAAAAUAGAAUCACCAAAAUCUGUCACUUCCGAAUUUAUCAAUGUUGAACGUUCAUUGGACAAUGAAACUGUAAAUGAGGAAGUUAAACCUGUUCCAACUAAAAUUUCAGAGUCAGGUAUUGAUAGUGUUAAAGUUGAAAUUGUAUUGCCUGAAGAACCUUCUAAAGAAAAUUCUAAGACACCAGACAAAACAAUUCCAACUUCAUGGGCUUCUGUAGCUGGAAAGAACGCAAAACCUGAAAGCUUCACCCCAGUUGAGCAAAUUGUGCAUCCUGUUGAAGCUACAUUAGUAACUGAUACCGAAAUUUCGGGAGAAUCACAAGAACCUAAUGAACAAGAUAAAAAAUCGAAAAAGAAAAAGCACAAAAAGAAACCACAAGGAGAAAUAAAAGAUCAAAAACCGACGUUUACCGUCACAGAGGAAAUUAUUUCAAUUCCAGAAGAACAAAAGAAGGUAUCAUCAAAAUCUGUUACUUCCCAGUUUGUGAACCAAGAACGCAGUCAUGCUUAUGAAAUUGAACCUAGGAAAGAAGCAGUCGUGCCUGAAUUCAUUCAAGAGAAAACUACAAUCGCUGAUGAUGCUACAACAGUAAGUGAUGAGACAAGUCCGACGUCAAUAGAUAAUAAGGAAGUUGAAUAUUCUAAAUUGGAUGUAGCGGAAGAUUUGGAUAAAAAAUCCAAAAAGAAGCAUUCUAAGAGAAAGGAACCAAAAGAUGAAAUAUUUGAACCAACGAAUAAAAUUACUAGUGAAAUAGAAUCUGCUGAAAUUCAACCAGUCGAUAAAGAAACUAAAACUACAACAGAGACAAUUCAUUCUACUGUAACAGUUUCUUGGGCUAAGGUUGCCAGUAAAAAUUCAAAGCCAGAAGAUUUUAGUUCUCCUACAACCAUUGUCUCCCAGGAGGAACCUAAUAAAACUUAUCCAGAAGAUAUUCCAGAAAAGAAAUCAGAGGAACCAGUUGAACAACAAGCUGAAGAUAAAAAGAUCAAAAAGAAAAAGCCGAAAAAGCAUGUUAAAGAAGAACCAAGCAAAGAUAAGUCAGCAUUUGUUGUGACCGAAGUAAUCACACAUAUUCCUGAAGUAACUGAGCAACCUGCCGAAUUGCCUGAGAAGAAAUUAAAACCAAAGCUAACUGAAAAGGAACUGGAUGAUAAGCCGGUAGACAAAGCAGGCAUUAUUCAAGAGGUUCCACAAAUACCACAUGAAUCUUCAACAGAUGGUACCAAGUCUGAAAUUAUUUCAGAUACUGUGGUUUCAACUACUACAGAGUCAUGGGCUUCAAUUGCUAGCAAAAAUGCAAAACCAGUAGAUUUCUUAUCAGAAAAUGAAGUUGUUGAACAGGUAUUAGCAAAAACUCCUGAAUGUCUGGAUAUCAAAGAUCUCAGUCCAAAAGAACCAGAAGUUCACGAUAAGAAAUCUAAAAAGAAAAAACCUAAAAAAAUUCAUGAUCAACCAAAGAGUGAAAAAUCAUCAGUCACCGUAACUGAAGAAGUCACACAUGUUCCUACACGAAGUACAGACAUCAUCACAUUGGUUGAAACAACUGAAAUCUCUGAGCCCAAGAUCCAAGUAAUUACAGAAACUACUACUGAGCCGGAAAAAGAAUUUAUAAACAUAGUAGAGGAAUCAACAAAACCUACUGAUGCUAGUUCAGCGUUUAUAAUACAAGAGCAAACUAAUAUAAUAGGCGACAAAAUUGAGGAAUCAAAAAUAGAACCUUCAACGCAUGUUAUUACAGAGGUAACAACAACAACAACUACAACUACAACAAAAUCGUGGGCUUCAAUUGCAGGAAAUAAUAUUAAACACAGUGUAUCAACUGAAACUAUUAAUGUAUCUAGUAAACCAAUUCAAAAAGAAAUCAUAGAAGAUAUACCUGAAAAGAAACCUAAAGUGAAAAAGCAUAAGAAACACACCGAAAAGACAGAAGUAACCACAGAGGAAGUCACAAAAUCAUUAAAGGAGCCUAAAAAAGAAAACGUGGAAGAGUCUUCUACUUUUACUAAAUUAAGCGAGGUUGAAGAUAAAGAAAAGCCACACGACGUAUCAUCACCAUCAGCACAAUUUAUUAUACAAGAACAGUCACUUUACGAACAAGUACCUCCGAAACAGGAAACCAAAUCGUGGGCAUCCGUUGCAGCUGAUAACAAACCAAUAGUCGAUGUUGAAAUUGCAUCUAAACCUAAAGAAUCUUCUACGAGUACAGGAGAAAAGGAACCGAAAAAGAAGAAGCACAGCAAAAAGCAACACCGUGAUACGGCUCCCCAUGUCACCGAAAAAAUUAGCACAAUUCCGGAUACUUCAAAAGAUGUUUCAACAACACACAUCAUUACCACUGAAACAAUUGUUACUGAACCAGAAAUUACAACAAGUACUCCACACUCUUGGGCUUCUGUAGCAUUACAUACUGUUAAAUCAGAAACAUUGAAAUUCAAAGAACCUGAGAUAAUCUUAAAUGCACCACAAGAGCAAAUACAAAAGUUGCCCGAAGAACAAGUUCCACUGGAAUCUUCUGAAAAAGAAAUACAUGAAACAGCGGAGGUAAUAUCAACUCCUACUAUUGAAGAGCACAUUGCUACCACUGUAGAGGAAGUUAAACCUGCUAAAAAAGUUGAAUACAAAGAUUUGCCUAUGGAUGUUCUUGACGAACCAAUGGUCUUACCUGAGGAUGAAAGUUUGAAUGUCAAUAAUCAGUUUAUUACUCAAGAACAAAUUAUUUCUUCAGAACCUAAUAAAAAUAAAACGGAAAUUGUUGUAACUACCACCACAACAACCACAGUUACAACAAACGUGUUGGAAAAGGCAUCGGAACAGCCUGAGCCACAACAAACAGUUGUUGGUUCGUGGGCUGAGAUAGCCAAGAAAAAUGCCAAACCCGAAGGUAUUAGUCCGGAUUCCACCACACCACAACAUUCUGUACAAGACACAGCAAAUGUUGUCACCGAACCUGAAACCACAAAACCAAAGAAGACAAAAGGAAAGAAAAAGGUACAUGAAGUUGAAGAGAAAAAGCCUGAAGAAAUUAAACAAACACCUAAGGUAACUGAAGAACAUUUGACCAAAGAAUCUUGGGCUGACAUUGUUGAGGAAGAUUUACCAUCAUCUCGCAAUAUAGUUACAGCUUUCUUAGAGUCUGAGAAACAAAUUUGCGAAGAAGUUCCAAAACAUACUGAUGAAGAAAUUAAAAAAGAAGACGAACAAAUUCCAAAAGAAAAGAUUGACAAAAAACCUAGAAAGUCAAGAAAACACAAACGAACUGAUGAACCUACUGCAACAGAAACUAAAGAAAUUAAAUUUGACGUUCCAGAAACACCUCAAAUUGUACAUCUUAAACCAACCCUUAGAGACACAUACGCUGACGUGGCAAAGAGAAGUAGAUCAUCAUCUCCUAUGCCUGCAACCAAACCAACAAUAAUAAAGAAAGUUACUCCUGAAGAACUAAAAGAGAAAUUAGAAGUUGUGUCCCAAACGGUGGUCGAAACACCUAUUGUACAGGUUCCUGAAGUCAUCGAUCAAACUUCUAAAGAAGAAGAGACCACGACAGUUUAUGUUGUAAAAGAAGAAGAAACGAAAGAACCUGAGUCAAUAAUAGUUGAAAAAGUUGCAGAAACAGAACCUGCAGUUAUUGAAUUGAAAACAACUGAAGUAGUAGAAGACACUGUUUUGACAAAGAAUAAACAACCCAGAAAGUCCAGGAAACCGAAACAGGAACCUGCAGUAGAGGAUAAAAUAAUUGUACCAGAAAAUCCAGAUAAAUCACAUAUUAAACCAUGGCUUAAAGAAACGUAUGCAUCAGUUGCUAAGCGCAGCAGAUCAUCUUCUCCCAUGGUCGUGAGGAAACCAACUGAGGCAGUUGAACCUAAUAAGCUAAAAGAAGAGUUAACUUUAUUGGCAAAAUCGGAGCCUAGUACUCAAGCUCCCGAAAUUCUUGUGCAGAAGAUUAUUUUGGAAACAAAGACUGUUGUGGAUGUUCCUGCAGAGCCCACAGCCGCUGUGGAAGUGGAAGAAAAACCAGAAGUUUCGUCCGAGAAACAAGACACACUCGAAUCGUCCACUAUUGAUCAAGUGAAGCCAGAUUCUGAAAACUAUUCACACAUUCAAAACUUUAUACAACAAGAAAUAGAAAGUUCCAUAGGUGAGCAAGAUAAAUCUGACAAGAAGAAGUUUGAAAAACCCACAGAAGUUACAAUUACCCGUGAAGUUACCGUAGAACAGGUGCCAUCAGAUAAUGAAAAGAAGCAGAAAAUGACUAGUUCUGCUACUAUUGUAAAAACUAAGAAGGAGUUUGUUGAUGCAACUAGUUUACAAUCGGUGACAUCUAACGAUGACUCUCAAAUAGUAGAAGUCGUUGAAACUAUUGAGCAAGUACAUGAACCACACGUCGAAGAAAUUGUUCUUUCAGAAGUGGAAGGAGACGAUAAAACACCUAAAAAGAAAAAGAAGAAACAUGUAUUCAACAUAUUCUCUAAAAAGAGUAAAGGGGACGAAGAAAAGAAGGCAAAGAAAGAUCAACCAUUAUUAAUAACUGAAACAGGGUCAAUAAUAUCCGAACAAAUAAAUACUGAAUCUGUUUCGGACGUAAAACCUGAAAAGAUUGACACGAGUUCCUCCAAGGAACCAUCACCUACUAGUGAAAGGCGUAGCGGAUUUAUCAGCAAAGUUCUAUCCAAAGUUACUGGCAGAAAAGACAGGAGCGGUAGCAUUGAUGACGAUGGCGUAUUAUCUGACGGUGAAUCAAAGAAAAAGAAGAAAAAGAGUAAAAGGGACAAGAGUAAGGGAGUCGAACUCACCCCCGCUGAAGAAUGUGAGUUGUUCAGAGAGGCUGAAAAGGCCGUCGAAUUGACGCCUGGCCAGGAGUCUGAGUUAUUGAAGGAAGAACCUGUCGACGACAAGAAGAAAAAGAAGGAAAAGAAAGAAAAGAAGGAGAAGAGGAGGUCAGGUUCUGUUGACUCUGAAGUCGGCAUUAAACGAUCUAGCGUAAUUAGUACCAUUGUUACUAAAUUAUCUGACGUAUUCACUCCCAAGAAGUCACAGAGACGUUCAUCUUCGCCUGAUGAAGAGCUCAGUCGUAAUCUAUCUUUAGACGACAACAUUUGGCUAACCAAGUGCAUUUAUGACGACGCUGAAGAAUUAUUCCAUCAACGAUUGGCCGAAGAAAAGAAACAAAAGAAAGCGGACGACGUGCAAAAGAUCAACAGACACGACGAUCAGAACGACAAAGGGGGCGGUUCAGACCGUUCGGGUAGGGGUUCUCCAAGAGAUGAGCCGGACAAUUUCGGUAAACAAAACGGCAACAGCUCGGAAUAUAUGAUUUACUCUCUGCCGGGCAGAAUAGCUGGAUGGAAGGACAAAAGUACUUACUUAUCUUCCGAACCGUUAACUGACGAUUCAUUAGUAUCGCGCUCCGACUUAAAUUCGGUUAACGACCAUCUGAACGCCGCGAAAAGACUGUCCGAAAGUAUGGCGGAAGACGUGAUUAGCGACACCACACCCAUUUCCCUCACUGAUCCUUCUUUAGGGCCCCCAAGGCAGCAAUCAUCAGGGUAUCUGACCAGCUCGAUGACCGACGAAGACAAGCUGCUCAAGAAGGAAAUGGUAGAUAGUGUGGGAGUCCUACAAAAAGCAUUACAGACUACAGAAUUGAGUAUUGGAGAUCUGCCCAGUGAGGGUUACAAUGACAUGAUUGCAGCUUUAGAGCACAUAACUGGAGAAUUGAAGAAACAUGCGGCCGAAGCCAUCCGCCUAGAGGGACAAAUCGUGUGUCUGACCUCGGAUCACGAGACCCAAACGCUGUCAGCACUUCUGGCCGGCAUACGAACCCGAAUUGCCACCCUUCUAUCCCAAGCGGAGGACGGAAGAAUCCUUAUAACGAACGCCCAACAUUUGCAGUUGAAAAAGAAAGAAGAAGUAAAUCAGUAUCAAAUCCUACUGACUGAAAUAGAAAUUUGGCUGCAAACCACUCGCAAGACCAUCGAGAACUUUGUCCUACCAAAUAAGGAAUCACAAAUAGAACACUCAAUAUCUGACGCUGAACAAUUGAGUCGCGAUCUUCAACAAAAGGAGGCGCAACUAGCGGAGUUAACCAAAGUUUGUGAGGAACUCAAAAAAUCCCCCGAAGUCCGAGACCUAGUGGAAAGCCUAUUGCAACAGCUGAAAACUCUUAUUGUCAUAUUUGCAGAACAGAAGACCAUAAUAAGGGCCAGAAUUGAAACUCUUCGCGUCCACCUGAUUGAAUUACAGGAAAAAGCAAACCGCACCCCAGACUUGUCUUUGGAGAACACCUUGGACUCAAGUUCCAUGCCAGUAGAAGAAAUUCCCAUUCACACCGACACAAAGAAGGUUUCUGAAGAAUUCAUAACCACAGAAAGGGUUGCUCAACCCACUGCACACAUUGAAACACAAACAGGAAGGAGCCUAUCUUCCCCCGUCGUUCAAGAAGCGCCAACCAAAGACUUCAGUGUAACAUACAACGUGCCAGUCGACGCGCAAAUCCAGGCCGAACUCUCGAAAAGUCUGGAGGAACCGUUGCCACAACAAAAAGAAACGAUUGUCAUCUCCAAAACCGUAUCCGGUGGCCUGGAAACGAUCCAAAUUGCGACCGCACCAAUGGCGUCCGAACCACAACCGAUUGUGGAAGAACCCGACGAUGACCUCACCGUUGAGGCCAACUAUCGAAAGAGGCCCGAAUCCGAAACUAAAACAACCGAUUUGACUAUAGUCAAUGCCAACCCUAAUCAACCUUUUGAAACAGUAUUCGUGGAACCGGAUGAAACCACAACCGAAGUGAUAGUGGACGCUGACGGCACCAAAAGGAUAAUCGUCAAGAAGCUGCACAGAACCGUGGUACGCCAUCAAGAGUCACUCCAACAACAGCAACAGUUCACAACGUUUACAACGGUAAAGGAGGGUGAAGUUCCUGUGACACAAAGCUUCUCUCAAGUGACACUUAAGGGACAGCAAAGUAGCACCACGGUCGCCAGUGGUGAUGGUAAGAAGGCCACACUUACCAGUCAACAAUACGGAGGAAAAGUUAUAUCCGGAGCACCUGGUGGUGAGAUAAAUGUACAAGAAUUCCAGUCUGAACCUGAGACACAUUACACCUACGUGGGUGAUGCCAUCAAGCCAGAUGAAGUUGAAGUUGAAGGUAUUAAGUUACAUGAAGGUGACAUAACACUAGUGGACAGUGAACACAAUAAGUUAUUACCUGUUGAAGGCGGUCAAAUUACUUUAGAAGGUAACGAAAUACACACUUCAAGUUCUAGUGUGAGGGCAGUUGUCCAACAAGUAACUAGAAGAAUCAUCAGAAAGACCAGACGUAUCAUAAGAAAAACAGUUAUUAUCGAUGGAAAGGAACAUGUUACGGAAGAAGUUAUUGAAGAACCUGAAGAAGUGGAAGUGACAGAAGAAGGUAUUCCACGUGUCAGCAUUAACGUUACAAGAACUGAAGAUGGUAAAAUAGUAGAAGACAAACAAUUCGGAGAACCAUCUGUUUCAAAAACAACUGUAGUAGAAACCGCCCCUGAAACAACGACCGUUAUUAGUCAACCAGAAGAGAGGUACGUUGUAGAGACGCACACUGCACCAGCCGAAUUAGCACAACCUUCCACAGAGGAAAUCGCUACUAGUAAUAUCGUCAGCUCCUUCUUAGAUAAUGAAAGGCUUGCAGUUAGUAGCGUUGAAAGUAGUGUCGAAAAAGCACCUAGUACUUCCGCAACACCCAGUAAACAGGACAAAAAGAAAAAGAAAGGCAAAAAGACUCCUGAAGACGAGUUAAAAGUUAGUACUGAAUCUGAUAAAACUGUUUCUGUUGCUACAGUAGACACAACAGCCCAUCCUAUUGAAGACGCCUCGACGACCACAGUUAUUCAUAAAGUUUCUGAAGAGCUCAUAUCACCACCUGAACAAAGUACUACUAAACAAAUUGUUACAGAAACAGUAACUACAACUGAGACAAAACAACCAGAAGAAGGAUUUGAAGUUAUCGAAAUACCUUCUGAAACAAAAGUAACGAAAACUACCGAAAUAGUAGAAACUAAGCAACCUAAAGAAACAAUAGAAACUGUUAUUCCUAGGGAAUCUGCGGUACUUGAAAGGGGUAAGACCCCAGUUAUAGAUACAUCAGAAAUAGUAAAAUCACCCCAAGAAUUAACUACUGUAACGACCACCAUAAUAAGCACAUCAGAACCAAUAAUUAAAUCUACAUCUCCACAAAUUACUGAAAUAGUAGAUUCACCUUCAGCAACUAACAUUGUAGAAACUACAGUUAUAAAAUCUCCCGAAAUAUUGGAAACUUCCAUCGAGCCAACAGUUGUAAAAACUACAGUUAUACAAUCUCCACAAAAAGUAGAAGAAACUAUAGUAUCUCCAAUAGAAAAAACAAUUACAGAAACAAUAACAAAGACCACAUCCCCAGUUCAAGAAGAAAUACUUACAUCUCCUGUUAUCGAUGAAUUGGUAAGGAAGUCGCCAAAGGUUACACCCGAACUACCUACUACAUCAUCUCAGGCCUCUGAAUCCUCGUCGGUAAAAGACAGUCCAAAACCAAGCUCUGUUGUAAUAUCUGCUGAACUCCCACAAACCACAGUGAGUCAAGAGACAAUUAACUUAAUCGAAGCGGAAAAGGUACCAGAAAAGCUAGAAUUACCUACUAUAAGUAAGGCUUACUCGGAAGAGACGAAACCUUUGGAGACUAGUGAAGUAGUAAGCGUUCAAUCUGCCCCAAUACGAGAAACAGUUUCCGAAACUGUGAUCAAGUCCACAAUGGACUUCACACCAAGUGCUCCACCAUAUGAACCAGAUAUACAACCAAAUUUAAGUAUGACAACACAAAAUUUUAUUUUGUCGGAGCAGUUGCAUGAACCUACAAUUCCAUCUAGUAAAUCUCCUGAAGAAUCUUCGGAAUCUCCAAAAGGCAAAAAGAAGAGAAAGUUCUCAUCGUCGAAAACAAAGAAAUUAUCUCCUGGAACACCAAGAACUCAAAGCCCGAUAGAGACUGAAGAAGUCUCAGAACCAGCAGCACAGGAAAUAACGUUAGUCAAAGAAAUUCCUGUAGAAAGUGUCGUUUUGGAAGAAACUAAAAUCAUUUCGUCCAAAACUGUAGACCCAGUACAAGGAGUACAAAUUGACUUAUCGUUAGAAGAAACACAAAAACUCAAAGAUGUAGAUGUAAAACCAAUCAAAACCGAAAAACCAAAGGAGCCUUCACAAGCUGUGGAAAUUGAACUGUCUCUGGAAGAAAAACAAAUUGACCGUGACAUAAAGACACCAAAGGUAGAAGUAACCAUGAAAAUUGAAGAGGACAAAGAUAAGAAUGUGCCUGCCGAAGUUCUUCAAAAGGACAUUCAUGUCGUUCUUCCCUCUACACAGGAAAAAAUUGAAACAGUUGUCACCCCAAUAAUCUCAAAAUUGGAAGCUGAGUAUGAAGAACCAAGUACACCCAGUGAUCUGGACCACGGAGGUCGAAAGAGUAAAAAGAAAAAGAAACACAAACCAUCCAGUAGUACUCCAAGUGAAAAAGAGGAAACCGAAGAAAAAUCAAUUGCAUCUUCUCUCGUUGAAUCCAUGGAGAUCAACAUCCCUGAAGAUUCACAAGUUUCAGAAGACACACCAAAACCCACGCAUGAAGACUUCCAACCAGUUAGUGAGUCUGACGACGAUUCUGGAAAAGGAAAAGAUACAGGUUAUGAAGCUGAUAAGACUACAGUUGAUGAAAGUCUUGCCGAUGAUGAUGAUCAAGAAAAGAAGAAGCGUCGCAAGAAAAAGAAAAAACAGAAGAUUAAAAUUAAAGAUAGUGAGGAGUCUCAAGUACCAAAAACACCUACAGAUUCUUCUCCGAUAGGAGAGUCCGUUGCUUUCACAGAUGAUGAACCUAGCGCCCCGGAAAUUCCAAUGGAGGAACCUAAAAAAUCUAAAAAACGCAAGACGAAAGGCAAACGUAAGCAAUCAGAAAGUGAACCAGACAUUGAAUCAUCCACAAUUGUUGAAGCACAAGAUGAGGAAAUUCAAUCACCCAAUGAAUCUUAUCACACUAUAUCAACCCAAUCUGAACCAGGUACUGUGAAAGUUAUCCAAGAAAGUGUCCCAAGUAGACCAGAAAGCGAAUCUCCCAAAGAUAUAGCUUCUACUAUUGUUACUGUAGUGCCUGUAUUGGAAGGUAUUAUAACUCAGGAGGGUGUUAUGCAAACGUCACCAGUUGAUUUAACAGCUUCCUUUAUAGAACAAGAAAGAGUUAGUGUUGAAAAACCUGAAGAGCGUCAAACUUCAGCUCAGACAUCACCUGAAGCACCUAAAGAUACAUCUGAAACAUCUAUUCAGACAACCGAAGAAUUUAAACCAGAUGUAGAAAAACCUGAAACAACUGAAAGUACAACGCAAUUCGAAAUAAUGACCACUGAAAUUGUUACACAAACUUCUCCAGAGCCUUCUGAACCAAUAGUAGUUUCAACAGUUGAAACAGCUACUUCUCCAAUUAAAACUGAAGUUACGGAAAUUUCUGCUCAGACUGUUACACCGGAAAGGGUUGACAGUCCUAAAAUAGAAAUAGUUAAAACUUCGGAAGAAGUAGUACCUAAAACGGAAACAUCAAUGCAAACCACCGAAGUAAUUACUGAAGAAGUCAGCAGCCAGACAAAAUCACCAGUCACCGUUGAAACAACAGAAAUAUCUGUGCAAUCUCAACCAGAAGUAACUGAUCAACAAACUUCACCAGAGCCAUCCGCUCCACCAAUGGAGGUAGAUCGUCCAAAAUCUCCUGAAAAAGAAAUUAUCAUUCCUCAACGAGAAUUGUCUGAAUCUGUUACCCAAACUUCUCCAGUACCUGUGCAAGAAUCUAAAGAUGAAACUCCUACAUCUUCCGAAUAUGAGGUGGUUGUAAAAACAACUGUUAUUUAUCCAUCAGAUACAUCUACGUCUAGUAUAACACCCACUCCUUCGGAUCAGCUUGAAAGUAAAAAUGACCCUUCACCUUCAACUGAAACAUUAUCUGAAGGUUCCGAAUAUUCAGAUGACGAAUAUUCAAUUAAUGUAGAAGUAGAUGGAAAACCAAUUGAUAAAAAUUCUGUAACAACUUUCAUUGAAACCGAGAAAGAUGGGGAUGAUUCACAUAAAUCAAAGAAAAAACGUCACAGAAAACGUAAAAAACAUCCAGAUGAUGCAAAACCAGAUAUUGAAAAAGACUUAUUCUCUCAAUUUAAGAAAGCAGAAGGUGACCAUUUGGAUCCUAAAGAUUUAUACUCAGAGGUAGCAAAGAAAGGAUCAAGAAAUACUUCUCCAAUCAGACCAGAAGAUACUGAAGUCUUUACUAAAGUGUAUACCACCAUCGGCGAAGAUAACAUUAAGAAACCAGAAGAAGCUUUGGUUAAUGUUUCCGUAAGCUUACCACAAAAACCAGAAAUAACACCGGAAGAUAUUGAAAUUAUCACAAAGGACGUAUUUACAACAAAACCAUCGUCCUUCCAAGUGGAUUCAAUGUUGACGGAAGCCGAAGUCACUGGCAAAGAUGAUCUGCCUGUCGAUGUUACAUCUGUGGAACUAUCAAUUCAUACAACACCAUCCACAGAAGGUAGAGAUAAGACCAAGGACAUUCCGAAAGAGCAGACAAUAUCUCAAGUUAAGGAACCAGAUAGUACAACAACUGAAGAUGUCAUUCUUGUGCAAUCUGUGCAGUUAAAACCAGUAAAACCAACUCAGAAACUUAGUAAAAAGGAUGCCACAGGUACAUUCUUAAGUCAAGAAAGGCAAGGUGAACCAACUCAAGAGAGUAAAGUUACCGAACCAACUCAAGACAGUAAGGUUACGAGUACCUUAGUAACUGAAGAUAACACAGUCAAGAAUGAACCUGAAAUACAUUAUACUGUGACAGAACCUAAACCAAAACAAGCUAUUAAACCCAAAGGCAAGAAUAAGCACGUGUCCUCUGUGACCAUUGAAGAAGUUCAAUCUCCCCAAAUAGUUACAGACACUCCUUUGACUCCGGCUUCUGACGCCCCAUUGUCACCUCCAAAUUAUCCUACAGUCACUUGGAAACCACCCAAGAGGGAUGAAUCUACACUAAUUAUUGAAAGUGAAAAACAACUUCCUAUAGUCCUUCAAGAUGUAGACAUCAGAUGGAAUCAGGCACAAGCUUUGGAAAGAUUUAAAAACUUGCAGAAUGCUAAAAAGACAACACAUCUGAGUGAUGUUUUAUAUUUGGCUACUCUGAAUCAAGUGGUUACUGACGAAAGCGUGGAACAAAGAGAUAACAACGUAAAGCAAAACUUGGAGGUACUACAACAAGCUGUAGAAAAACGUGAUGUUGUCGUAAUCCAACAAACUAUAAUAACAACAGUUGAAACAAUAACAACUUGGCUAGAAACCAUCGAAUACAGAAUCUACGUGAAUAGACAACAAACAGCGGAUGGACCUUCAAAAGAAAGAGUUCAAGAGUUUAACAAUCUCAAAGAAGAAAUUGCUAAUAUUGAUGCUAAAGUUGACCAAUUGCAGAAGGUCAUGCAAAGUGCUGACAACAUCUACAACGAAGAAGAUAGAGAAAGGAUGAGAAGUUACAUUGAAUCACUACAACAACAAGUCAAAGUAAUUGAAGAAGUGACAGAAGAAAAUGAACAACUUGCUGCUGGCGAUCUACAACGAUGGGAAGAUUUCGUUAAUGGAGUGGAUACGGUAUCUCACGACAUUCGUAAACUUCAAAGGCAAUUGAGUGAUCUUAAAGAGUCUGAUGCAUCACCCCAGACAAAACUUAGUGAACUUGACAAACUAGAAAACAACAACAGAUCUGACAUGCUUAAGGCAGUACAUCUCAAAGCAACAGCUAAGAGCUUACUGCGGGACUUCCCAACGCGUGAAAUUCCUAAAGAAGUUUACGUAGUUCAUGAAAUGACAAAACAAUUGGAACAACAAAUUAUCACAGAAAGAGUUAAGGCUUUACAAUUGUUAUCAUUAGCUGAUGAAUAUGAACAGACUCUUAAAGAAUUUAAGCAGAUUAUUGUAAUAGCUGAAGCACUUGUAGAGAGUUCAAUUUCAGUGAAAAAUCUUGAACAUUUGGAGGAUGAAAUGCAAAACCAUCGCAAAUUCUUUGUCAACCUGAGCCACUGCCGGGCUAUUCUAGAAUCUUUAGAAGAAAAUCUAGACUCAGAAACCAGAGCACACCAUUCAGAGCUCCACAAUAACCUCUACGAUAGAGCUAAGAACAUUUUGGACAAAUCAUCUGGUCGUUUCCAACAAAUGUCUCUGGCUGCCUCGAGAUGGACCGUCUUAGAACAAGGUACCAGAGAAGAAAUGAAAUGGCUACAGGUUGCUCAACAAAGAGUACCUGAGCUAAACAACGUUACUUCAUCAGACUAUGACAGAUAUAUAGACCUAUAUCAAUCUUUGGCUGACGAUAUUGCCCACCAUCACAACAAAUUGAUUCACUUGAACGGUGUAGCUCAAAAAUUGCAAGAGCUUGUCUACUGUUCUGGAUUGGAAGAAGCCUUCAGCGAAUCAUUGGACAUUAUUGUAAGACUUCAAGAAGAUGUCGACAACAAACUUGAAAGAUUAUCAGCAUUCAGGGAAGCUUGGUCCAUAUACGAUAUUUUAAGUGACAAGGUGGAAUACUGGAUCAGAGACGCUGAAGCACAAUUAAAGAAAAUCGAUGUGCAUUCAGGACAGAGAGGACACAUGAGACAAUUUUGGGAACUAAAAGCACAACAUGAGGUCAUCAACACAUCCCGUCUAAACGCAACGCAAGCUUUGGAAAAGUCAUUACAAGUUGUACCCAUAUCUGAUGAGUUGGUCCAAAGGAAAUUCCAUGCGGAACUUCAAGGCCGCUGGAGCAAAGUUUCCGAUAAAAUUAACGACAUUCAAUCGUCUAUUAUAGAAACCAUCUCAGCAUCAGAUAAACCAGUCAAUGAAAAAUUAGCUCUUUUAGAACAGGAGUUAGUUGACCUCAAAACGGAUGUGGAUAACCUACAAGGAAUAAUUAAAACCGAAGAAGAUCUAGAUUUGUAUGUCGAAAGACUGCAAAUUAUGUCUUCUAGAUUAGAAACCAUUCAAAACGAACUCGGCAGAUUGGGUCUCCUAUCUGCUGAUGAAUCUGAAAAAGUUGGAUCAUUGUUGUCCUUGUCUAAAAAUCUUGAAAUCAUCAUCUCCGAAGAACUGGAAGGAGGUAUCCUCCUCAAGGAUCGGCUUCAAGCCAUUCAGAAAGGUAUCCAAAGGGUACGCAGGAAACACUCCGAAUUCAGCAAGGCCCUGGACCAAUGCGAGAGCGCCGAAAAGAUGGGCAGCGAACAAGUCGAGAAGGCGCUCGUAGACUGCAACGAAAUUGGCGAAGAACUCGUGACCCUGUGGCAAGACCUGAUGGGUCUGCGUCAAUUGCUUCACACCCUUCCGAUGCGCCUCAAAGUCACCGUAUCGCCGGUGCAAGUCGAACGGGAGAUUUCCCAGCUUCAGGACGAACACGCGGCCCUGGAAAAACGUUGCGGCCAGCUUCUGGCGUUGCUGAGGAGCCGCCUCAAUCUGUGGCAGAGGUUCGAGCGUCAGCUCGAACUUGUGCAGCAGAGCGUCAAGGAGGCCGACUUCAUGAUGGAGCUGCUGACCGUUCAGGGCACCGUCGACUACGAAAGACUGAGGAAGGCCACCGAGAGAUUAGAGAGCGUAUCCGGGGACCUGGUGUCGCGCGAGACCCUCGUCGAGGAGCUGAAGGAGGCCGCCAAACCAUUGGCCGACAGCUGUUCACCGGAAAUAUCCGCUAAAGUACAGGCCGCCGUACAGAACGCCGUCACAGCGUACUCGAGCACCUGCAGCCAGCUGAAGGAGCUCUGCACCAAGUACCAUCACGCGGCCGAUCUCUGGAAGCAGUACAGGGAGGCGGCCGACCUGGUGCGCGAAUGGACCGACAACCCUAUGGAGUCGGUGGACGAUCUCGAGCCCGAGGAGGCCAUCGAAAGAGUUAAGAUAUGUGAACAGACAUAUGCUGCCCACAAGAAACGUAUUGGCGAAAUCCAACAACUAGUAAAUAACAUCGCCUCAGUGGUGGGACUUGAUGCUAAGGCUUUACUUGGUGGUGAAGUUGAGGCACUAGGAAAACGUCUUGACGAUGUCAGGGAAUCACUCACAGCCCUGGCCGACGUGGCCGAAGCAAAGGCCAAGACCAAGAGCGAGGCAAACGAGGAAAUUAUUGCCUCCAGAACCUACCUAGAUUCAGUACAAAAGAGCAUAAAUUCAUUGGACAGUAGCGAUCCAGAUUCGGAUCCGGAGGAUAAGCUUCAUACUCUCAGGGAUCACUUGUUGGCUCUGAGCAAGGCUGAGGGUCAAAUCCAAAAGAUCAAGGAUAAAACUCUGGAGAUUUCAACGACGAAGACUGAAACCUCCGUCAUUGAAAUCCUGGAACUUUGGCAACAAGUGUUCCGGGAGACGUUCCAACAGUAUCACCGUUUGAGUACUCGUCUAGUCAAAAAUGAGGAUGGAGCGGCCGCUCUUAAACUCUGGCAAGAAUAUCUAGUCAAUGUUCAACAGUUCUUGCAGGGUACGAUUCCUGGUGACUACCACAGUCUUUCAGAUCACCAACACCUUUGCCAAGUGCACCAAAAUCUUCUGACCACGCAACAGAAUGUUCUCAAACCACUCGAGAACAAAGAGAACCUCGUGGAAGGGUUAGUUGAGUCUACACUUAUGGAACAGUUUAACUCUCUAACCAAUGUCCACAAUGAAACCUUAUCCAGAAUCAUGGAUAGACACAAUGAAGUUCAAAAUCGUUUGGAUGCAUGGGAAAGGUAUAGAAAAGACCAACAAAAUCUCCUAGACUGGCUAAAGAACGUUGAACAAGAAAAAGAAAAGCUACAGUUACGCUACAUGCACAUACGUAGGAUACCCAAGUUAAUAUCUCGCAUUGAAGGUCUCUUAGAGAAAGUUCCUAAAGGCUAUGAACAAUAUGAUAAUCUACAGUUACAACAAAAUCGAUUGAUACAAUUCUGUGAUGAUGCACUAGCCACUUCUAUCCGCAUAGAACAUGUUGCCAUUAAACAAAGAAUCGCCAAUUUAGAAGCUGGUCUUCAGACUUGGAGGGAGUUCUUGGUACGCAUUCAGAACUUGAUCAAAUCUCAUGAAGAAAGGGCCAACAAGAUCCAAGCUUCCUUUGAUAACAUUCAAGAAAUCAUUAACCAAUCAACGAAACAGGUACCCAGUACACAUGCAGGAAUCGGUAACACACGUGAUUAUCUACAAAGGGUUAGAAGCAAUCUGAGUUUGUCCGCUGGAGAACUCGAGCAACUCGGAAUUUCUCAGGAGCAACUAAAGGAAUGCCUAAGCCAUGGAGACUUGAAGACCAUCAACCAAAGAAUGUGGCUUCUCAGACAUCAAUUUGAAGACUUGGAACACCAGUUGGCGACGAUCUGUCACCAAUAUGAUGAAAAACUAGGUUUAAGAUCUGCCUUUGAGACGCGGCAUUCCCGAUUUAUCACAUGGGUGGACGAAAUUGAAAAACGUCUGGACCAUGAAAGCGAAGGUUCAUCAACCCUUUCGGAUCCUAAAGAGAUGUUGCGUAAAUUGGAAACUGAGCUUCAAGCAGAGAUGUCUCUAAAAGAUAGAGAAUACAAUUGGCUAUUGCAUACUGGAAAGGAUCUAGUCGAAAAUUGUGGUGAAGAGUACAGUGAUGUGACGGCCAAACAGAUUAUCCAAAGAAAGGCCGAAGAAGUGCAAAACAGAUGGGAACGCCUGGAAAAUCUUGGCCGAACCCGUGCAAAUAAGAUCACGGAGAUAAUGCAAACCAUGUUAACUUUACAAGAACGCAUAGACCAGAUAAGAGCGUGGUUAUCUCAAAUUGAAGUACAACUUGCCAAACCACUCAUAUUUGAAGCCAGUACCAAAGAUGUGAUAGACAGGAAGCUUCAAGAACAUGACAAACUAAAGAAGUCCAUUGAAAACGAAAGUGCUAAUAUUGCCGAAGUACUGAACCUAUGUGAAUUGCUCCUGAAUGACGCUGAUUUAGAGAAAGCCCGUUUUGACACUGAGAAAAUUACCUCCGAUUCUGAAAAUCUUGAAAAACGCUGGAAAGCUGUUUGCGGUCACUCAGCUGAACGUAAACGUAAGAUCACAUACCUCUGGAAGCUUCUUUUAGAUGUUCUUAAACUCAGCGAAGACCAGGAUAAGUGGCUCAAUGAAAAGGAAGCCAAACUUAAAGAAUUCGACAGACCAAUAAAAGACCUGGACCGUGAUGAAAUCCAAGAUUUGAUAUACUUACUAGAGAAUCAAAUUAAGGAUAUUGAAUCCCAUACCCCACAAUUCCAAAUUUUGGAACAAACUUAUUCCAAAUUGGUCACUGAUGGAGGAUUAGAACCAAAGAAUGUACUGGAGCUGACCUCCAAAUCACGUGUUGUCAUUACCAGAUGGCACAAUCUAAUGCCGAAAGCUACAAGUAAUCUAAACCGCCUUAAAGCUGAAAUUGAACCUUUCAAAGAGUUCUCUCUUAUUCAUGAAGAAGCUGUAGUUGAUUUAAGCAAGAUCGACGCUCAACUGACGGAACUCCAACAUCUGUCCAACGAGAAAAUGCCAGCGAAAGAACGUCUUAAGAAACUUGAGGCGAUUGAAAAUAAUUUGAAAGCCAAGACACCAUCAUUAGAAACUGCAGACAAAUUAGGUUUGAAGAUUAUGAAAAAGAGCAAAAAGGCUGAAGUUACAAGGAUACAAAAGAUGAUUGACGAAUAUCAAAUCCUCUGCAAGGACAUUCACGAGAGGAUAAUCAUUCUUAAACGGGAAAUAACAGCACAAUGCAAAAAGAAGCCCAAAGAAGUCGACGAAAGUGUACAAGUUGAGACCUUGAAAUUCGAACAAGACACAGCAGUUCAAGUUGACACCCUUCCGCCACAACUACAACGUAUGACAUCCAUCAGCGCUAAAGAUGCUUACUUGGUGGAGAUUGGUGCUGCACUCACUGAAUGCCGGGCAAAUAUUGACGACCUGGAAGAACUAGUCAGAAAGGAGAUUCCUAAACAGGGUUCUCCAGAAUUGCCGACCAGCAGCAAGAAGAUCGCCAAGGCAUCUGCCAAGUGCCAAGCCAGUGUUGAACUGGUGAAGCAUCUUCACGAUCUCUUGUUGAACGAAUGCAACGCUUCUUCUUCCGAGGCGAGCACAAGUGACGUGGAAGACCUGAGCGAGAGGUUCGAAAUGUUGCUAAUCAGCGCCAAGGAGAAAGAGAAAAAAUUAAGAGAACUCAGAUCAACCGAGGCUUACAAUCUAUUAUGUCAACAUGAGGCUGGAAGACUGUUGUGUCCAUUGUGUACCCGCCGUAACUGGGACCAACUAGAAAACGAUCUAUGGCGUCUGGAAAAAUGGCUGCAGGCAGCCGAAGGAACGCAGAAGUCACUGCGAUCGCCCCCCAAGAACAUCGAACAUUUGGAAGAUGUUAUCCAAGACCACAGGGAGUUCCUGUUGGAUCUGGACAGCCAUAGAAGCAUCGUAAGGUCUUUGAACAUCGUAGGUACUCAUUUGGCUGAUCAUACAGAGGACACCAAACGGGCCGAGGAGCUCAGAAAACGACUCGAGGGUGACAACAAGAAAUGGGAGGUUAUUUGCAAGAAUGCCGACCAGUGGGGUAUACAAUUACAAAGAGCCCUCAUGGAUAACCAACAAUUCCACAACAUCGUUAACGAGCUGUGCCAGUGGCUGGAGAAGAACGAACGUAAGAUCAAGACAUCUGAACCAGUCGACCUGACGGCGUCCCGUGAGUCGAUCGAUGCGAAAUACCGUUGCUUCUUGGAGCUUCGCGCCGAGCUGGAACGUUGCGAACCGCGGGUACUCAGCCUUCAGGAGGCCGCCAACCAGCUGCUGAAAUGCGAGGGAGCGCCCGAAGGUUCCAGCGUGAUAUGUCAACAACUCACUGAGUUGCGGCUCAAGCUGCAGUCGCUGAUCAGACUGACUGUGAUCUACACGCUGAAACUGGGAACGGUUUUGGGCAAAGACCCGAACGAGUACUACAGUCUCAUGACCGUGCAAACGGCUGAGACGCCACUGCAAGCACUCUCCUAUGAUCUUCUGGACCAACCAAGCAAGGAUGAACCAAGUACAUCGGCACGAGACGACACCGCUCACAAUGGUUCUUCUGACGAAUCUGAGAACAUCAACACCUCGACGUUGAGAAGAGGAUGCAGAUUUUUGGGACGUGUCGUUAGAGCUUCGUUCCCUAUUCAAGUCGGGUUGAUGCUGUUGCUUGGUGCAGCAUCUUUUGUACCCUAUUCAGAAGAUGACUACUCUUGUUCAAUUGUUAACAAUUUGGCCAACCAUCUGACGCCGACAUUAAGAUAUAUGGACGGACCACCGCCCAUUUAAGAGAAUACUCAACUAUUGAUUUAUUCAUUCCAAUUAUUAUUUAUGUAUUGAAUUAGUUACUUAAUUUUUUUUGUACUAUUUUUGUAAAUAUGUGACUUAUUUUUUAUCCAGGCAAAGCUCCAUUCUAACACAUAUACAAAGAAUUGUAUACAUAUAUGACUAGGAUUUGUAAUAUUCUUUAUAUUAUAGCGUAGUUUUUGUAAUAUUAAACUUGUAAAUUAAAAACGAUUUAUCUGUAUAUUGGGGAAAGCACAAAAUAUUUAAUAUAUUUUAUAUCGUUGUUUAUGUAAAAGGUUGUGUAAAAAUUAAACAGUUUGUGUACUAAAGGAGUGGAACAUUUUAGUACGCAAACAAAUUAAUUUUUCUGUGAUGAAACUGCCCCGAAGUAUUGUAUAUUAACAACGCAAAAAGAUCUCUCCACUUUUUGGGUCGUUUAUAGCAAUCCCGAAAUGGUUUGCGUAGCUGCCUCUCCAAAGUUACGCAACUAGAAAAGAAACACUUCUUGUGAAGUAAAAAUCUCCCAAUUUACUUUGCGAGGACCUAUAUUCGGGGAUAUGUGAACAUGUAUAAUGCCUUAUAUAACUAGUUUUUUAUUUUUAUUGUUGCUUUUUGCAAAUUUUAUAUUGUUUUUCAUUUGCUGUGUAAGGUAUAAUUUAUCGUCGCAAUAUUACAUGGAUUUAGUUCACUGCUUUUAAACGAAAAACAUACGCUUUAAAAUAUUUUAGAGAACCCAUUAAAAAUAGGAAUGUUUUCGCAAUAAGUUAUAUAUUAUUAGUUUAUUUGGCAUCUUGAUAUUAUAAUGUAUGUUUUCAUUUAUAAAAUAUAGUUUAAAAAUAA